AUGACACGUUUUUCUACUCUAUUUCUUACUCUAAUUGUAUUCGCUGUCGUUAUGACGCCUUCAAAUGCUUGGAGACGUCGAAGGAGGCGACGGUGGAGUUGUUUGCCUGUCCAGUGCAAAGUUGGCAAUUGGGAAGCGUGGACCUCCUGUAGUAAAUCUUGCAGUGGAGGCUCGACUACACGCACCCGGGAAAUUACGCUCAUGCAGUCUUGUGGAGGCAACUGCCCACACCAUCUAAAGGAAACUAAAAUCUGUAACCCAUUCUGUUGUCCUGUCGAUUGUGUUUUCGUUUGGAAUGCAUGGAGUAGGUGUAUUGGAUGCGGAACGUUGACUCAAUCUCGUUCCCCAAGCAUUAGGCGGCGAAGUUCCUGUAGCGGACGAACUUGUCCUGCACAAGAAACUCGUUCUUGUAACACGGGGAUGUAAGUACUCAAUGAUUUGCUUACAUGUUUGCAAUGUCAUCUUAUUUCUUAAUUCUUCAUGUUAUGUAACCGAGUUUGACAACAAUGAAGAGGGAAUUUGAGCACAGACGAUUUCAUGCAACAUCAUAAUAGGCCUUAUCAAACACCCCAAAAUUUUCCAAUGAUUAUAUCUUAUACAUUAGUAAAAGCCUAUCAUAGCAGUAGUUUAAACAUUCAUAGUUCAACCGUCACUUUGUAAAUGGUUAAGAUUCAGCAAAAGGUGUUAACAUACUAUGUAACGGCCAACGCGCUCCCUUUUAAGAGAUGGGGUGGGGUACUGAACCUACAUAAGAAUGUAAAUAGUUAAAUCAGUGUUACAGUCAAUGGUAUCAGUUAUGAGUAUCGUAUGUGAACGAAACAAAGUUGUAACAAUAUCUUCGCCUAUUUCAUAAGAGCACAAAUUCGUCGCCUUGUUACUCCAAAAUUGAAUUACCAAAACCAUGUCUUUGAAUACUGCAUUGCAACCACGAGAGCUCCACGUGUUCAACGUAACUGAAAGAUAACGACCAUGGAAUAUCAUUUUUCAUUCGAUAGGUUACAUCGGGUAGCUAUUAUUUGUCACAGUUCAAGAAGCCAACUUAAUCCGGCUUUUGCGUGCAGCAACAUUUAGCCUUUUGCUUGACCAUAAGAUUAAGGAGUUCGUCCAUAAUUGUUAGGGCUUUGUAACAAAAUCUGCAACAUUUUAUUUACUUUUUGGAGGUUAACACCAUUUAAUUUCCUUAUCAGCUUACCUUAACCAAGUUAUCGUAUAUCUCCAUUUAUACCCUGCAGGGAAAUGAUAGUGUUUAUUUUGCCAUGUAACAUUAAAGUAGGCUACUAUCAACUGGGCAUAUAUUGAAACAACAGUGAAAGCCUACUUAACGGCUUACAUACCACAAUAGGUGAUAUAAAGGUGUAUUAAUCAAAGAUAUCUUGUGUAUUAAGCCUACGCUUUGCUUCGUUAUGUGAUAAAUAAUGUGAUCAUUAUUUCAGCAGACGAAAAAGAAAAAAAUUUUAAGUAAGACUGUAAAACAGAGGCAAAGGAUUCCUUGAAUUCUAACCAAAGGUCUGAACUCGGUACACAUAUAAGAUCUACACGCUAUGAAACAUUGAAAAAGGAUAUAAUCAACUGAGUACACUGAAUCAGUAGCAAAACAGUUAUCUAGCAGCUUAGGUAUCAUAGGAGGUGAUGUAAUAAAUGUGUUUAAUCCAAAGUAUCUUUUGAAUCAAACCUGCGCUUUGCUGUGUCAUGUGAUAAAUAAGGCGAUAAUCCUUUCCAGAAUAAAAAAUUGAGAAGUUGAAGAAGUCAGACUGUUAAGCAUGAGAACGAAGUCAAAGGGUGUCUCGGAAUUUCACCGAAGUUCUGAGCCUGGUACAAAUUAAAACCAAGCAGUUAUUAUUCACCCGGAUAUUUCAUAGCAGGUUAACUCAAACAACAAACCAAGCCAAUUUGUCACGGUAUGGCGGUUUUUCAAGAGACCUAUAGGUUGCAGUGUUGAUAGAGGUACACUUUAAGAAUAUUACUAAUGGUUCUGUUCCUCUGUUUUGACAAGAAAUAUGCCAAAGCCAAUUUAUUUCUAAGUGCAUCAGCAUCUGUUGUCGCUGAACAUGUUAAUUCUGGGAGUUACAAUCUUUUGUGCAGCUGCUUUACAAGUAGGCUGAUGACUGCAGCUGGCUAGUUGCUGUUCAUGCUUUUUUUCUGUCUUCUGUUCAAUCACAGUUGUAUCCGCUUACUUCUUGCAGUGCUUUGCCCGUGCGCAUAGCUUGUCGGCGAGUUCACUGGUGUAAAUAUAGUAGAAAAAAAAAACAAUUCGACCGUAAAGGUCUUGCGGAAAAAAUGCCUUUCGCACGCGCAUGCUGACCCUGUGCGCAAUUUAGGUCUCGCAACAAUGUAACCUUUCUCGGUGUAGGGUUUUCAUUGACGGAGUGUUCCCGGUUCGAGAAAAGGGAAUGAGCAUGCUUUCAGUUCUAUUAUAAUCUUGAGUUUUUUGCUGUUUAUUAACUUUAUGUCACUGAUAAGCCUUUUUUUUCUCGGUCGUUAAUGUCUCCAUCCAUUGUUUAGCCGAAUAUUCAACGAAAUUCAAAUAACUUCUUGCACCUUUGUACAAAGAAAAGUUCACGACAAGGAUAAUAAAGUGUUUGUUGAUGAUGUCAAUAAAUGUUAUGAAGUCAGGUUAUGUUCGAAUAACAUCCAUAACACUUUUAAGACCUCAUAGAUGUAUACAGAAAACCGCUUCGAAAAUUAAACUUCUGAAAAUUUUACGGUUACUCUUGAUGUCUUGUUUCUCGGAAGCUUUUAAGCACCAUACUGGAGAUCUGAGAUUUUGCGAUGGAGUAUGGGAUUGUCUAAAGGUUUCUCAAAAGUAUCACCAGAAGAACAAGAAACUACCUGCUGGUGAAAGCGUUUUCUGAAUUGUUUGACGUCCGUCGAAUUGAGGUCGUCUACCUUUACGAACAAGUUUAUGUGCUAUUCCAAGUCGCUUUGUUUUCUGAGCCUUCUUAUCAGCGUCACUACCAGUAAAGACUGGCGAAGGAAACCUGUGGUAGAGGAAAGUGCCAAGGUGCGUCACUCCCGAACCUUUGACAUGAGUCACUUAGCAUUUUCCGUUGGUAGGAGGCGGUGACGUGAGGAUAUUCGAUACCUUGAGGAUGUGUUUUGUUAUUCGUGGAGUGAUUCUUCCAAAGGUCGCACUGAAACACGUCUUAUUUUGCAACAAUGGUGCAAACGUACUCUGUAAGUCUUGCAGUUCUUUUUCUUUUGAUAGCCUUGAUUUUAACGCCUUCAUACUCUUGGAGACGUCGAAGAAGGCGAAGAUGUUCUCCUACCCACUGCAGAGUUAGUAGUUGGACUUCAUGGAGUUCUUGCACUCUGUCUUGUGGCGGUGGUUUUCGUUCUCGUAGGCGGAGUAAAACGCUCACUGAGUCCUGCGGAGGGAGAUGUCCAUAUGACUUGACGCAAACGCAAAGAUGCAAUUCUCAGUGUUGUCCUAUUAAUUGUAAAUAUACGUGGAGCGCUUGGAGUAGUUGUAGUGGAUGCGGAACCUCGACACAAACAAGAAAUCCUAUUAUCAUAAGACCCAGUUCUUGUAACGGGAGAGCUUGUCCUUCGGCCGAAACUCAGUCCUGCAACACAGGAAUGUAAGUGCACUCAAUCAUUAUUUGAUUAAUGUUUAUAUGGGCUAUUUACGGUAAAAUCAGUAUAAUCAUGAUCACUGAUCGUGGUAUUACACGCGAAGAAGUGUAGUAGUUAUUUUGAAGCAAUUUGUGCCUUUUUUAAAUCUUCGAAACAUAGCAUCGAAAUGCUUUAGAAGAAAAGACUAAAGAUGCGAGAUGUUGGAACUCGAACCAUGCCGGUUUGCCUAUCUCGUGUCAGUGAAGAGACCUUCGAAAAAAUUACCUCACCUGAUAUCGGUGUAUUUUGAUUUCUACUGAUUUUUGGCGAGCAUGUCAUGUCAUAUUUUAUUUUUAUUUUUUCAUCGGCUGAUAAGGCACAUAGGUGGUCUAGCUGUUUUCCGAUAUUUGAUAAAAUGCGGGGCAGUGAUGUGAAUUAAGACGCGGAAAAUGUCAUUCAGCGAAACACACCAUAAGUCACAUGGGUGGUCUAGCUAGACAUCUUUUAUUGUGUAAACAUUUACCUCUGAAGUUAGAUGCGUUAAAAUGAGUUUUCAAUGUAAAUAGUCGCACUAAUUUAUAAAAUUGCUAGAUUUCCAAUCUUUGACCGAAUGAGUGAAAUGGUGGUUCAAAGGGUUCCUGACUUGAAUACUUAAUGUUUAAAAAAGCCUCUUUAAUUGUGUUACGGAACUGGCCUUUGCAAAGUAUUUGGGAUCUGGCCGGCGCCUCUCAGUUAUAAAAUGUUACCCUACGAAAAAUGAAAUGGUAAAGGUACUUUGCUGCACCUUCUCGAUUUCAAUAGAGUGCGAGAGGAAAUUCACAGAAAUAGGCUUACUAACUGGCCCUCUUUCACAAUACAUAGAGUCCACUGGUGUGCAUUAAGUCCUUCCAGAAUGUGAUAUUUCCUCUUGAGUGUACGCCUUUUACCAGUUACCUUCUAAAUCCUGUCCAGAAGGCUUUUAUGCCCCUUGCUUCAUAUGCCUUGAGGCUUCCCUCCUGUUGCAUUCUUGUAACUGGAGCCUAUUGAACCUUGAAAUUCUGCCAAGGUGGUAGAGAUGGAGUGUAAAAGAGUACUCUUUGCUUUUUACACCCAGUUCUCUCUAUUUCCUCCGCCCUUAGAGUUUGCCUCAUUUGCAAACGAGAUUGUGGGAACUUCUGUUGUCAUUUUUUCAAGUUCUUUUUUAUCCUUUCUGGAUUUUCACGUUUCUGCAAUCUGCACUGCUUCAAGAUUUUUAUUUCCUAUUUUAAAGACUGUUGUCAUCUUCAUCAUUAAAUCUGCGGGUGUUUUCUUACUACGGAGGAUACUCCUGUGCCUUGUCGAGCACAGAAGCGCUCAACUGAUACCUGCUGCUUAGCGAUGUUAAACAAAGCUUCUCUGUACAUUUGUGAUUAUUGCAGAACGUGUUAUUUUCUCCCUAAUGCACACCAUCCUGUUUACCUUUGAUCGCGGUUAGACAGAGAAUCUUCCGCAAACUUAGAUUAAAUUGGAAGCCGUUGAAGCAAGAAGUUUCGUCAACCUUUUAUUGUUUCAAUGUAAGAUUUACUUAUGCUGUUUGCGAAAUGAAGACCAAAACUGUAUCUCAAAGGCUUUAUGUCACAGUUACUUUUUAUGGUGAUAAGCAAUCCUUGCUGUUUGUUUAUCUUUCCAUAAUUUUACCUCUUCAGUUUGUCUUUACCUCAUAUACUUUGGUCUUACUUGUGAUACUUUGCCAAAAAAAAUCAUCAAACUUUUACAAUCUGAACUCCGUCAGAGUUGAACAAUUUUCAUUCGUAAUUGCAAUCAUACAAGGCUGAAUAUUUAUUUUCCCGUGAUCAGGGAAAUCAUGAAUCAAAACUUGUUUAGCAUUUAAGCUCUUGGUGUCAGGUCUAUCAGGUGCAUAAUUCGAAUUCCAAAUUCUUCUUAGAUUUGCUAUGAUUUAUUCACUGUAAAAGUUUUUAAUUUCCUUGUUAGUUUAAGCGGAUGGCUUAGUCUAAACAAAACUUUAAUUUCCGAUGACGUAAGUUUUUCCACUGGGUUCUCGCAAUAUUCAUGUAUAGCUUAUUUCUAUUGAAAAUGAAUACCUUAAGUAUUGACGUAAUCCAAAGCCUUGUCUACAAUCUGGAUUAUGUAAAUGGAUAUGUUUGAAGGAUGCCUUGUAGGAUGACCGUACCGUUUAGAAACCUUACCAAACAUGUCACCGACAUCUGGUGCUCCAUGAAUUAAUAUGUCCAAUUAUCUGGUUAUGAGAGCCAAAUUUGUCACGGAGAGCUCCUUCGUUGUUACUAAGAUUUCCCCAAAUUCUGUUUGACACAAGGCCAAAUAGAAACUGACUUCUUAGUGAGCAUUUUUGCUUGUAAGCAAAGGAUUAUAUAAAGCUUCUAGGUGCAUUUGUGAUAAUCGUAGGACUAUGAAACCCAAUGGUGGCUGUCUCAAUGGACUAUGAAGUCUGAGAACGGACCAGCAUACAGAUAAGGCCAGGAAACGGCAACGGUCUUCGAGUUAAAGGUUGUCGCGUUGGUUCGGCUCGUUUUCUGUAUUAUCCUCUUUGUCACAUUCAUCAUCUCUGCGAUUAAGUCUGAAAGCUCAUAAAGAAUUCACGUCAGUGGUUUGACAGUAAUAUUAGGACAUUCAAUAUCAUAAUUAGCUACAUUGCAACACCUGUGAUCACACGAGCUUCGGGUUGCUCUGACACGCACCAAAAACGCAUUUGCAAAUACGAAUUCAUGGCUCGCGUUAUUUAUUUGCUCCUGGCGCUGGCCUUAGUUAGCAUCAUGUGGACGCCUUCAAACGCUUGGAGACGUCGUAGAAGAAGGCGACGUAGGUGUUCUGUAACCCACUGUAGGGUCAGUAGCUGGAGUUCAUGGAGUUCAUGUAGUCGAUCUUGCGGUGGGGGAACUUCUUCCCGUUCGCGGAGGAAGACUGUCUCCGAGUCUUGUGGAGGAAGAUGUCCUUACUCCCUGUCGAGCUCGAAAAGGUGUAACACAAACUGUUGCCCUGUAAAUUGUGUUUAUACCUGGAGUUCUUGGAGUAGUUGUGUUGGGUGCGGGAUCUCAACGCAGACACGAACACCACGUAUUACAAGAUACAGUUCGUGCAAUGGGAGAUCUUGCCCAGCUAAGCAAACACAGUCUUGUGACACCGGAGUGUAAGUACAACUGAAGUAGAAUAUCUGAUCUAUAUUUCCAUCAGUUAUUUGCGUGUAGGCCUUAGAGAUUGCAGCAUCCUAGAAAUUUUGCUGUAGUUUUAAAUCAUGUCACUGUCUUGUUAAUUCUCAAUGAAACUAUCACGAGGAUCAUUCAUCCAGGCGCAAAUUAAUCACCAUUGUUAUGCAGUAUGUCACUUUAUAUUUCGAACUCGAGGCAGCGGAAAGAUUGUUUUGAGUCGCACUUGACCUUAGGAUUAUAGCAAAGCUCGCUCGAUUCUUGGUUCAUCUGAAUUCUUAUCGAGAGAACACCUGUCCAUCAAGGCUUUAUUUUUUGGACAAUCAUCCUUUCGCUCAAAUCGUCGUCAAAGUCUAAAACAAGUACGACGAUAUUGAUCUAAGUAAGAUAAACGUUUCUUAUACGGCUUGAUUUUCACCCACCAAUUAAUCAGGUCACGCGGGAGGCCAAGCAUGUAUGUGAUAAAUCGACUGACCCGAUGUGUAUGCCAAGUUUCAGCAAUUAGUACCCUCUGGGCUUAAGUGGUGGUCUUUUAUGAAUUCUUAGCGCUAAAGUUUCCAGUAGAUCUUUGAAAGCGUAAUAUGAACGCGGUUUUUUGGGGGUUUUUUGUUUUUUAUUUUUGUUUUUUAUUUUGUUUUUCUUUUAAAUCGGUUUAAUGUUGACUAGCUGUCUUAAGAGAACUUUCCGAAAAUGUUAUCGGGAUAAAAGCUGCAGGAUAUUAAAGACGGCCUUUUAUUACAUUUUAUUUGUUAACGUCAUCCGUCACCUGAUAAAUCGGCCAGUGUCGGAAAGUUUUUUUUUGUGUGUGUGUGUGUGGGAAACAUUUAAGUUGCGCCGGAUUCGAUUAAUUUAAUUUACUGUUAUUACAAAUCAUCGAUUGAUUUAAUUUUUUUGGAAGAGAAACACAUCUGAAUUCUCUACCCAAGCUCGGAGAUGGUUUGCUGUAUUUUUUUGCUUUGAUCUGAUGAACGAUAACGGUACGAUGUAGCCACAAACCUGUCCGAUUAAGAGUUUAGUGUUAAAAUUCGUAGACCUAGUUCAAUCUUAGACAUGAUUAUUCAUUGCUCGACCUCAAACCUUGUCACGCUUACAAGCUGCGAGAGAGUCUAGUCUUCGUCUUUCAUAAAGUCAUUAUUCUGCAGGCAAAAUUUUCCCUAUUGUCUUCCUUUCUGUGAUCCUGGUAUGCGCUUAUGCACGUCGGGCCUACUUAACAGGCGAUUGGAUCACGAGAUAAAUCGCAGGAUAAAUAUUAUGUGUUAAAGUAAAUACAGCUCAACCCCCAAACUUACAUGCGAUAUAAUAACUCGUAAAAAAAAUAUGAAAUUAUUAAAAAAUAUUAACAUUAUUCAUCGAUUGAUUUAAUUUUUUUGGAAGAGAAACACAUCUGAAUUCUCUACCCAUGCUCAGAGAUGGUUUGCUGUAUUUUUUGCUUUGAUCUGAUGCACGAUAACGGUACGAUGUAACCACAAACCUAAUAAUUUUACAAGAUAUUGGGGCAAAUUCAAAUACCUUAACCAUACCAGUGUGGUGCAUGGGCAAGUCAAGGAAAUAUUCACAUAUCUUUCAGCAGAGACUGAGCAAUAGGGCCUCGGCACGUACUGCUAAUUCGGAAGCGAUGUCUUUCAAAAAGGUUUGGGACAGUAAUUAAUCAGGUCUUAAAGUCGUCUGGUAUUAUACACUGAGGUCAAAUUGAAGAUCUCUUCGGAUCGCGACAUUUUCCUGCUUGUUAGAGGCAUGAGGAGGUUUCUUUUGGUCAAUUUUGUGCUCUUUGUGGUGUUUUGUUCUUUAAUUGGUCCGUCUGGGUCAUGGCGAAGAAGGAGAAGGAGAAGACGGUGCUCGCGAAGGGAUUGUAUUCUGAACAGCUGGGCGGCAAGCGGGAGCUGUUCAAAGAGUUGUGGUAGCGGAUAUAUGGUUCAACGGAGGUCUGUUUAUAGAUGGUCCAGUUGCGGCGGUACGCGUUGUCCUUCUUACUCCAGUUCUCAACGAUAUAGAACUGUUUCGUGCAAUACGCAAUGCUGUCCAGUUAACUGCCAGUGGACGUGGAACUCCUGGAGUCCAUGUAUCGGUUGCGGCGUAUCACAACAAAGUAGAACGAUGCGUAUUAUACGUUCCAACUCGUGUGGGGGUACUGCGUGUCCAAGUUCUAGACGUCAGACGCGAAGUUGUAAUACCGGAGUGUAAGUUUUUCAUUACUUCUUUUAGCUUUAGAAGAUCCCGCGUUGAGCCCUAGAAAGUCGAUGCAUGAUUCUUGUUUAUCCUUUCAGAUGUCUGAGCAACAUCUUGAUACGUUCGCCUUAAAUAAGGGCAAAGCAAAAGCACUGGAAAUAUCUUACUUGUCUCAAUGAAUAUCCAACAAGUGGCUAACUGUUUGUUUUUUGUUUCCUAGUUAAUGUUAAAGUUCUGACUUUCUGACCGUUCUAUUUUCGUUUUGCUUUGGUGCAUUUUUACGCGUCAAAAAGUGAACAAUAUCCAUAAAGCGUUUGUUUUUAUGUGCUCAGGUGGUGCCAUACAAAAGAUAAGUUCAUCAUUUUCCUCGUCUGGCAUAUCUUCCUCAUUCGCUUCUUUAACUGUGUUUCCGUUUCUUUCCCUACUUCACGGGGAACUAUGAAGUCAGUUCAACUUAAGUUUCACAUUUAUGCAAUGCUACUGCGACUUAUUUUUUUAGAGAGCUAAGUCCCAAAUUAUUUUCGGUUUUUAGAGCGGGGAAACGCUUUCAUAUCCCCUCUGACUUAAAGUGGGUAGUGAUCAACACACUUUCGACAGUUGUUUCACCUUUUUCGUGAUUCAAUGGCAGAACGCGAUAUGUUCCUUCAGUACCCCUAGGAGAAUUUGCUUAACAGUUGAAGCUUCUUAGGUUAGCGAUCAUUUUCUUCAUUCUCAUGAUCUUAAUUAAUGAUUCAGCAGUAUUACUGUAAGGAGAAAUUAGAUUAUUGUCAUCCUAAGAGUUUGAAGGGUUAAAGCAGAUGCAAUGGAUUAUGGAUAAUAUUUUGUUGAGAUGGGAGAGAUUUUGUCAAGAGGAGCAGGGGCUCCAUCUCCAAUUCUAUCAUCUACUGCUUCUUUGCGUGAUGUCUUCAACCUGCACGGGUCACUUCCUUUGUUUUCCAUCAGUCUGUGACCCUAGGCUUUGCUUUUACUUGUCGUAUCCUGUAACAGGCCAUAGGAAGUUUCCAAAACAAAGGAUGUCAAAAAGAAAAAUAGUGUUGAUUUGGCUUUCCCCUGAGCAGUAAAUCUUGUUUCUUGACGAGAUAAAUUUAAAGUUCAUUUACCCAAAGUAUGAUAUUAACAAAACAAGGUAGCGUAACGCUUGGAAGUAAUAGGAAUUAUGAUGUUUGUUUGUUUAUUCAAGACUAAUUAUUCUACUAUUACUCGCGCCAAGUUCAGCUACACGCAAAAGACGUUAUUUUUACGUAAAAAGAAACUACCAUUUUACUUAAUGUCCUAUCUUUCAAAUGAUAAGUUUGUAAAAUUUCAUCGUGAACCUGCCUUGAAUAAAAAUACACCAAUUACACCGGUGCAGGAAUAUUUCAAGAUCUGCAUAGACAAGUCUUUAAGAAAACAUUCCAUCUUGCAGCGGUCAAGAAAAUACAGUUAAUGGCUGAAAGGCUUGUCUGGAAGUUGCGGCAUUCAUAAAGGAUUAGGAAACAUAAUACAUUGGGUUUAAAAUUGCUUUGCCCUUUCCUCUGAGGUUAUAAUAAAGAUUCCUUUAGAGGGCAACACUUUGCCCAUAAGAAGUAUGAGGAGCUUCCUUUGCCUCGCUUUUCUCAUCUUUGCUUCGUUGUGCGCCCUAAUUGGUCUGUCUGAGUCGUGGAUAAGAAGAAGGAGAGGUAGAAGGGGAGGAGGAAGGAGGCGGUGCACGCGCCAAGAUUGUGUUCUCAAUAGUUGGGCCACUUUCGGUAGCUGCUCCAAGACAUGUGGUGGUGGGUUUUUGGUUCAACAACGGUCUGUUCGAACUUGGGCAAGAUGUCGUGGUACAAAGUGUCCUUAUUAUUACAGUUCUCAACGAUAUAGAACUGUUUCGUGUAACACACAAUGUUGUCCUGUUAACUGCUGGUGGACAUGGAACUCCUGGGGUCCAUGUCAAGGUUGUGGCGUGUCACAGCAAACCAGGACGAUGCGUAUUAUAACAUCCAACUCAUGUGGCGGUACUGCGUGCCCAAAUUCUAGAAGUCAGACGCGGAGUUGUAAUACUGGAGUGUAAGUUAUAAAAUUUGUUUCCGAUGUUUUGGUUUAGUUUGCGAUAAAGCUCAUACCGAUCGACCGUCGAAAAGCCUGACUCGUGAAUUGUUCCUUUCCUUUAGUAGUUAUUUAUAUACCUUCACCUGUCUAAACGACUUGUCAAUACCUGUAUCUAUUUGCUCGAACCAACGAAAGACAAACAAAAGCAAAGGCAAAAAACAAGAGAAAGGCUAACGAACCUCAAAAAGGCCGGCAAUAAUCCAAUACUAACAUAAAAAAGCAUUUAACUGCAUUGCAAAGCUCAGCAAUGGCCUUGCAAUCUAUGUAAUUUGUAAAUUGAGAAGUGUGUUUUACUUUAUCAAAGUUGUACCGGAAAGGCGCAAAGAAGUUAACCCGGUUUUACUGCACUAUAUACAAAUCAAUAUCAAUAUUUGGUUCAGUUGUGAUACAGUUGUGAUGAAUGGCUGGUUCAAAAUGAAAGUCUUGCUGAAAUGUUUGUUUCCGUAACUCUGCUGCAGUGUCUUCGCAACAUUACCGUUCGGGUGCGAUCUAUAAAGUGAACUUGUAUAUCCUCGGGUACACGCGUUGGUCGAGCUCUAUCGCGAGCUCUCUACUAACGCAGCUGUCCUUCCACCAGGUUUAAUAUACUUUUAAGAAUUGUUAGAUUUUAGUAUUCGUUAAAAAAUACAGCAUUUAGUUACCAAAAGCAGUGAGAAGCAACGAAUAGGAAAAAAGGAAAGAGAGCAGGAGGUGUUAAAAAUAACUGCUACAGGUCAAUUACAUUUUCUCUCUCCUUUCAAGUGUGGCUGACCGUCUCUAGAAUUUCAAAAUGUGAAAAGAUCGCUUAAAAGAGUGCAUAACUAAUCGAUGAAAGGCCGCAGAGGACAACGUAGUCUACUCUAGUUAGAGGGCUAAAGAGAAGGAGACUUAGCAUUUGUGGUUGCAGGGUCUUUUUCGUGCCCUUCCCCUUCUGCUUGUUUUGUGGCUCAUUUCCUUUAGUUUUCUGUUCAGUUUUAGAUAUUGGAAUACGCCACUGCCUGUCCUUUAUUGGAAAUGAUAGAGACUCGAAGAAUAGAUGAUUUCCAUUAAUCAUAAAUGUUUGUGUGUUUCCAAGAUGUUAUGCCAAAAUUUAAGUUUUAUGUCAAUAAAGCGGGUACCGAGCGUGCUCUAAACAAAGAAAUCUGAAUAUUACAUUUAUUUCUUUCGGCAAUUAAAGGGAUCUAAUGUCGCAGCCAGAGGGCUCUUUAUGGGAUACCGUAGAAUACAAAAGAAUGCAAACAAAACAUGAUAUGGUAAAAUGCCGCAUAUAGCAGUAUACUUUGUCUUAUGAGUAGGGAUGAGACUGAAAGUAUUAUCAGAGUGCAUCACUUUACUCUCUUGAUUGUUAUCUGAAAAGUAUGAGAAACUUCGUUCUGGCCGCUCUUGUUGUAUCUCUGGUAUUGUGCGCCCUUAUUAGUUUUUCUGAGUCGUGGUUAACUCGCCGAAAUCGGCGGGCAACCCGAAGAAGGCCAUGUACUCAACGAGUAGAUUGUGUUCUUGGAAACUGGAGGACAUACAGAAGUUGUUCAAAGACCUGUGGUACAGGGUACUCAGUUCAGCAAAGGCCAGUCAAAGUUUGGCCGAAAUGUGGUGGUAGAAGGUGUCCCUAUUAUUAUAGUUCCCAACGAUAUAGGACUGUCUCCUGUUAUACCCAAUGUUGUCCUGUGAACUGUUGGUGGACAUGGAACUCCUGGAGUCCAUGCCAGGGUUGUGGCGUAUCUCAACAAAACAGAACAAUGCGUAUUAGAAGGAAAAAUACAUGUGGUGGCAACGCGUGCCCGAGUUCUAAAAGUCAGUCGCGAAGCUGUAAUACCGGAAUGUGAGUUUGUUUUCAAUUUUUACCUUUUAUUUCAAUUUUUGUAAAGAUCCUCAGAAAUCUCAGCACUUAUCUUUGUUCUCCAACUAUUUUUUUUCCUUUUUUACCCGUUUCAAACUGCUUACUCCUUGCAUUUACCUACAGAAAAAGUCCCUAUUGACGAGGCGAUGGGGUAUUGAUGGGUCUUUUUGCAAGGGAAAAGCGAGCAUCUUGAAUAGUCAUUAGUUUCUCCUUUUAUAUUUUUUAUCAUUUGUCCUUUUUACAUUCUGUUCCUAUUGGCCUCGAAAUCCAACAUAAAAGCUAAAACUUGCCUCGAGUCAGGCUUGCAACAGCGCAUUGCUCGAAAGUUAGAGAAUUUAUACUCUUAUCUCUGAGUAAGUGUUCCUUUUAUGUAUGAGUGUUCGCUUCGAGUAGAUGAAUCGUCCGUGUUUGCUUGGGUAAUGUAUUAUUUGUGUGACUAGCUUGACUCAUGACAAAUGUACUUGAAUUUGAAAAGAAUCACAGUACAGACUUAUUGACAGUUUUCUCAAUAUGGUCUUACGAUUUGGCGAGAUAUUGCCUGAGAAGCACACAUUACGCAACGCGUUUUAAUGUAAUUUGAUUUUCUUGACAUAAUGUCCAUGUGAAGAAGUCGAUAUGAGAUUGCGGCUGGGAACGUGCUUGAAUUUCCGGCGCUUAUGAAGUUGUGACGCUAGCUAUCAUGCAACUAAAAGAUCUUGAGGGAAAACCCGCCAUUGUAAGAGUUUAAGUCAAAACAUUAGAGUUUUAAGGCAACUGUAAUCUGCGUACUGGCCGUUUUAAUCUCACUUAACGCCCCAAUUAACGCCAGUUACGUAGGCGAAAGCAACAAUUAUGCAUCGUCAUUAAGUGAGUGAAGCAAUAACAAAACAGGCAAGUAACCUUUAGGAACAAGCUCCUGCUUGUCGUGUUAAUUGAGAGCCGGUGUCACAGGUCAAUCGACUCACACGAAAUUAAUCAUAUAUACAAAGCAUAUGACAUUCCUCAUGCUGACAGCAUUUAAUUUAUAAUUGAUAAUUUCAAGUGUUCUCGUGCCAUGAAUCACUCUCAGUGACUAGAAUUGACCUUAUUGAGCAUUAAAACACUUUUAGCGCCUAAACGGAAAGUUGAUACAAGUUAUUGCAGAUAUUUAGACUCAGCCAUCAUUUUGAGAGUAUUGUAUCACGUUGUUGACGACCGGACGUUUGCUUGAUUUUCAUCUCAAAUUUGUCGCGCCGAACUGGUGCUUGUUUUGACAUGUGUUACGUAAAUAAACAAAGUGGCUUCCACACAAAUCUUAAUCACUAAAUAACGCCGUCCUUGCUCUUUCUGCCUUUUUCAAAAAAACAUGUCUAUCUUCUGACGAAACAACACUGCAGUAAAAUAGAUCAAUUCUUGGUCAACAACACUAGGUAUUCGUAUUGUUGAUCAGAUAAUGAAUAGAUAAUUUUUUUUUUAAAAGAAAACGUUUAUUUCGCCAAUUUCUUUUACUUUUGUUUCUCGGCUGGAAGAAAAACUAGGUUGAAAAUCUCAGACUAAAAUCUUUACCAUUUGUACAGGAUUCGGAAGAAAAGCAUUAUGUAAUAAUAUUGUUCCUUAUCGCUAGCAGAUUAGCAUGUUAGUUUGCGGUUCUAAAAAAGAAAACUUCUGACUCGAUUUGAUGUGAAUAGCAGAGUCUGAAUUGGAUAGUAGUUGCGAUAAUAAACAAAGUUUAAAAUGACAGGUAGCUAAUCUUACGUUGUGUAGAUGUGUUUUAAAAACCGGAUUACCGGUAAGUUGUCAAAUAUAAAUUUCAGGUAACACAAGCAUAAUUAUUGUUUUAAGAAGAAUAUUAGCUGAUACAACCGCCUCAUUACACUUACGCCUAAGAUUUAUAUCCAUUCAUAAUGCCUUCAACCGCUUAAAAAUGAUUUUUUUACUGCACAAUGAUAUACAUGCAAGCACGUUGACACAAGUUCCAGCGGAAGUUUUUAUAACCGGAGUUUUGACCUUUUUCCAGAUCCUCAUGACGUUAGAUCUUAACACGUAAAAUACACGCACGUUGCAAGAAGCUUAAAUGAUCCAUCGUAGGUAUAUUUCUCGGAGUAAAUUGUACAUGGGUCUGUACAUAAAUCAUGAAAGCUUUGCUUCUUUAAUUUGCGACCGAUUUUUGGAUUGCUAUAUUAAUGCUACGUGUCUUUUGGAGCCGUGUUUCCGGGUCUUUGCCUAUACAUACACACUGACACCGAUCGUGUGCCCCGACUUUGUGAAAACCGUUCUUAAAAUGUUUGUAACGGUAUAUUUGUCUUUGUUAUGAAUGACAUGACAUAAAUAUUGCGUUACCGGAAUGUUAUUAAAAGCGCAUUGCUGAUUUUAUGCCUUGUUUCUUUUUGAACAAAGGCACAACUUUUAAUACUCCUUAAGUUGACAUAUUACCGUUUUAAUGAGACUCGAUUUUAAUUUGUGACCCUUAAAAUUGAAGUUACUAGUAAUAUGAAAUAAAAGAUAGAAAGAUACGAAAGCGAAAAAUCAAAGAAUUAAAGGUAAAUUAAAGGUCAGGUAUUUAUAGCGAAUGCAAACGACGAUAUAUGUGAGUUUUACCUUUUUUGAGUUACAAACUAAUGCUCCUCUAGAGCUUAUUAGCUUUGCCGUGAUUUUAUUUUUUGAAAACGCAUAUUAAUUUUAGAAUUAGUAUUGACCCUGUUAAGCAUCAAAACACUUUUAGCGCCUAAACGGAAAGUUGACACCGUUAUUGCCAUCAUUCUGAAAGUAUUGUGUCACGUGGCUGACGACUUUUGUUUGACUUUCAUCUAAAACUUGUCGCGCGGCGCCGAACUAGUGGUUGUUUUGACAUGUGUUACGUAAAUAUAACAAAGUAGCGUCUUAGAAAAUCUUGAUCACCAAAUAACGUUUCUACCUUUAGGAAAAAACAUGUCUAUCUUAUGACGAAACAUCCCUGCAGUAGAACAGAUCCGUUCUUGGUCAACAAAACACGCUAUUUGUAUUGUUUAUUAGAUACUUGAAACGCUUUUUGACGCCCCUGCGUUAAUUUGCGAUUAAAAUCGUACCAUAAAAUCACUUGAAAUUCUACGCCAACUUUAAUUGUCACAAACUUCUCGCUUCACAUUGAAAGAUCGUAUUUCAAGCACUACUUCGCUAUUCCGGUGUUUAGCCCGCUUACUACGCGCUUAAUUAAAUCAUCCGGCUAUGAAGGUCGCAACGAUUUUUGUAGCACUGGCUUGUGUGAGCUGCUUCCUCUCCACCGUGGAGUCUUGGCGUCGCAGACGGAGACGUCGAUGCUAUCGUAAUUGCACGCCUGGUAACUGGGGAAGAUGGAGCACCUGUACAAGAUCAUGCGCCAGGGGGACACAAGUUCGCACAAGGGGGAUUUCUGUGGCGGCUGCUUGCGGUGGUUCAUGCAACUACAAGCUGAGUGAGACCAGAUACUGCAACACACAAUGUUGUCGCGUCAAUUGUGCCUGGAGCUGGAACUCGUGGAGUCCUUGUAAUGGCUGCGGCAUGUCGACGAAAACACGUACUAUGAGUAUAACUCGAUAUCCGAGCUGCAGGGGAACGUCUUGCCCCAGUCAGAGAAGUCAAACCAUAAGUUGCAAUACUGGAAUGUGAGUUAUUUUGAAAAAGUUAUAUUUGAAAACUUUUCAGUUUCGUAGGCGUGCAUUUGGUAUUAAAGUACACAGCCUGCUAGAAGUCCCCUGUUGUUUUGGGAACAUAAACCUCCUGUCUGUGUCGUCAAUUCUUAUGUUUCUUAUUGUGGAAAACGGUACGUGUUCUCUUUCUUUGACGUUUUUUGUUUCCUUAAACAAUUUCCAAAUUCUGUUUCUCGAGUUUAAACCAAAUGAAUAGGUAAAAUCUGCCUUGUACGAUUACAGAGUUUAUGAUCCAUUAUUAAUAAUUAAUUCUAAGUAGCGUUAUAGUAUAUUUUUGUUGACGCAUGGCGGAAAAUGUAAUUCUGCCUUUCAGUAAAACGAGAAAUUUAACGAGGUUCGUGGCACACUAGCCAUUAGCACACAAAUUUCUUGUUGCGUGAAAAUUCGAGAUUUGUUACUGUUAUAUUUUAUGUGCCCUGACAUGAUCUUGCUGCCCUCUCUUAGUGCAGAAAAAAAAACAGACGGAACAUGAUGUAACCUUUGUGGUUAUGGUUAUCUAUUGCCGUGUCACGUCUGACUCUGUGCGUAUGUUUUUUUUCUUGUUGUCCUUGCAAAACGCGAUGAGAUUAUAUAUUAAUUGAGACAUGAGUUGGCGUUUAACAUCUUUUUUUUUUUUAUCGCUGUAGAUCUUCGAUAAUCCCGAUGGAAAUGAUUAAACUGAAGUUUUAAUAAAAGAACUUAAUUUAGAUCUGUACGCUAUUAGAGUUAGAUAUGCUUAGGUCGCAGAGAUUAUUGACUAAUUAACUUCUUUUGUUUGCGUUCUUUGGUAUAAACUUCUAAUUUUUCUCUAACUUUGCCGCCUACCACACGUUCCUUUCUGAGUAAGGAGGGACAGUAACUAGUUUACAUUCUUUGAGCCUCAAAUCUUACUAGAAAGCUUAAUAAAGCCCUUUCUGUUUACUUAUGGUACCUGGCACUGGCGCGCACCAAUUUCACUCGCAUAAUUCAUCUGGUUAUGUGUUGCGCAACGCAAAUCGAGAUCUUCUCGAAGCAGAAAGAAUUGGCCUCGAGUUUUCUCACGAGAGAUCCGAACGUGGUACUUUUUCUUAUAACCGUGACUCGGUGGAUGAUUCGUUACGUGAUUUUCUGGAGAAAUGGCUCGCAAAUUGAUGGAGUCGGAUAUUUGUACAUAUUAUUAUUUACUAUUUUAAGAUUGAAACGGAGCCUUCCAAGACAAGUGAAAAACUUGUCAGGAGAAAAGGAAAAAACUAUAAGCCCAGUAUACUGAGAGCAAGAUUUUGUGUCUUUCCGUGCUCAGAAGAGUAUGAGAAUGACUGAAUAUAUAAUCACAUGUCUUUAUGUGUUUACCUUUCAGUUUAUUACGGGUAUCAAAACUCAGAAUGGCAUAUUUUCGCAACCAUUGCAAAAUCUUCGAGCGAAAAAAUUUCGCAAAAGUAAUUCGAAGAUUAUUGCAUUUGAUUUAUUUUAAACGGUUUCAAGAGUUUUUUUUUUUUUUCAGAAAUAAAUUAUGUUAAAAAAGGAUUAACUUUGUCCUCAACAAGACCGUUAAUUCAAAUUUUUAUCCAAAACUUUUAAGAAGUAAAACUGUUGCUCAAGGUCUAAGCAGUAGGUGAGAAUUUAUCGGCGCAAAUCUGCCUUGGCUCUAGUCAGGCUUAAUUCAUGAACGGGUUAAUCUGAGCAACUAAGUUUCCAAACUGUUCCCCGUUACAUCGAACCAACUUUAUCGAUGUAUGGGGAACAUCUGAGAAUUAGUGAACAGAACAGACUAAUCAGGAGACUAAGCGGAUAGAAGCAAAUUUAAUUUAAGAAAAUAAAUAUGAGCUCAACGUGAUCUUUUGUUUCGAAACAGAUGCUGUCCAGUUAAUUGCGUAACUGACAAUUGGUCAAGUUGGUCAGGCUGCAGUGCUGCGUGUGAACAGAACGGCAAACGGGUUCGAACACGUUCAGUCAUAACACAGUCUAGCUGCAAUGGUACUCCUUGCGGAACCCUCCGAGAAUCGAAGUCAUGUAGAGGACCCUGUUGUCCAAGAGACUGUCAGGUUAGUGUCCAAGGUAUUUUGUAUAGAUAACCGAUCCGCUUGUCGUAGGGUUAAGCACUUAGUCUAAUGCUUAAUGCACUGCUAGUUUCCUAUAUAUAUUAUAUAUAUUAUAUAUUAUUGAAAAAAAGCUCAAAUAUAGAGUUAACACAACGUUUAAUGGGAACAUUUUCAUCCUUGUGCGCCUGCGGAACGUAAAAAGUCAAAUAACUAAUAUACAAAUUUGAUCAUGAAGCCUCUCUGAUCUUCCAAAAAUAGGUAAAUGCUGAAAUGAUCUUUGAAAAAAGCCACUCAGAACCUCUUUUGGAGUGAGUUUUCCCCAAUUUGUUGUUCAAUUAUGCUGGUAACGAAAUUAGCAGCUAGCCGUACAAGAUAUUUACGUAUAAAGUUUCUUUUCAGUUAUUAUUAUAAUGUUGCUGAUACUUUCACGAAAUUGUUUAUGAAAAAGUCAACUACUUUGUCGAAAUUGCUUAUGAGCAUGCUAUCUGAUUUUAUGUCAUCAGGUCACUAACUGGUCUAGUUGGGGGAAGUGUAUAGCUCCGAAGGGAAGGUGCUCUGUCAACAGUGGAACAGAGACAAGAUCUCGUAACGUCACUUCACACCCAAGCUGUGGUGGAAAACCCUGCCCAUCCUUAAGCCAGUCAAAAAGAUGCACACCUGUUCCCAUUCCCUGCAAGGUAGGCGUUGGUUUGUUGAUGUAUCCUUGUUUUUGUGUGUGUGUUAUUUCUCCGUUCUUGUCUUCGUUUUGUUCUGUUUUGUUUUGUUUUGUUUUAUUUUGUUUUACUCGAAUCCUUUUCCGUCUUGGAUUUAAUAUUUACUACAUAGGUUUACUUGUUUUACUAUAUCAUCUUAGUGACAUUAGACUCAUUUUUUGUUAUCAUAAAUUCUGUUUUUGAUCAAAACUUCUUAUUGCCACUUACUGCACCUUAAGAUGAACUCAUGGAGUUCAUGGAGCCCUUGUACCCCACUGAAUGGCAAAUGUGGGCCAGGUACUCAGUACCAGACACGUAGUGUGGCGACUCAGCCUUAUUGCAGCGCGGCGUGUCCGGCAAGCAGGCAAACACGUUCGUGCAAGCACAGUUGUUGUCCUGUUGAUUGCGUGGUGUCGACGUGGACUGCAUGGAGUGCUUGUUCAACAACAUGCGGCACAGGUAGGUGGCACGCGUUCAUAUCACUGAACUUGAAACACUUGAAAUGAAAUAAACGCUUUGAUCUGAGGAUGAAGUAAAGAAAAUGCAAAGUAAAGAGCUAUCUUCGCUGCAAUUAAAGAAGAGAACCCUGAAAGAAUUCAGGCUUCGACUGAGUAUCAUGUUGGGAUCAGAGCAGUUUUAAGAAGAUUUUCUUUCAAGUGGCUUCGUGGCUCAGUUGGAAGAAGCGCCUAGCGAGGAUCUGGGAGGCACGUCUUUUAGUCCUGUCUACGCCUGAAUUUUUUUGAGGUUUCUUUCUGCAAUUGCUUUUACUGCAACUUACCUGUGAAGCUUUUAGCUUUUAUUAGUUUAAUUGAUUUGAUUAGAACUUGAAACGUUAGUUACCCAAGGGCGUCAUCUCGAAGGGAAUAUUGCUCUUACUGUUAACUCAUAACAUCGUUGCUUCAUUAAGAGGAUAAUUAACAUUGGCGUAAAAAGGGUAAACGGUAAACAUUUUUCAUUAGCUUAUUAUUAUUUUUUUUUUUUUAAGGUUCAAGGACUAGAACACGAAACAUAAAUACCCAGCCUUCUUGUGGUGGCAAAUCUUGCCCAGCACAGAAAGAAACAAAAUCUUGCUCUCAGUACAACAACCGUGACUGUGUAAUGUCCCUUUGGACAGCCUGGUCACUCUGCAGCAAUGGCUGUGGUAGCGGUACGUCCACUCGAACACGCACUAUCAAAACGACAGCGUUAUGCCGCGGAAAAGCAUGCGGAGCAAGAACAGAAAGUAAGCGGUGCACUGACUUCCGAGACAACAGGGACUGUGUGGUAAGUAACCCUACCGUUGCCAUGUUUUGUAAGAGUUGAAUUAGAAUUACUGCAGAAUAUGUCCAUAACAUUGACAAUGCACUUAAUCUGCAAGGUAGGAAGUAUCUCAUUGGUGAGUCUACGUUACUUGGUCAAUAGAGGUAGAGAACUGUAAUUUGGUAUUAUCAACUGAGUCGAUAACGUAAAUUGGCCACCGUUAAGUGUUUCCAAGCUGACGUUUGGAGCGUUAGCCCUUCGUCAGAGCGAAUGACGAAGGGCUAACGCUCGAAACUUCAGCUUGGAAACUCUAUACGGUGACCAAUUACAUCUCAACUCAGUUGAUAUUGCCCAAUUACACUGUUAUUUUUCCCACCGACGCAGCACCACAGUCUCGUUAGAAACCCCCUUUAUUCAUUAGAGAUAGGUAGUUCGCCGGGCACGUCGAUAAACAUUUCUUCCGCUCUUUCCGUUACCUCUCUCCCUUCACACCCUACACUGCUUGACAAAUUAAAAAAACAAUUAAUUUCUGCAAACUUCACGCAGACUUCACGCAGAAAUACUGUGUUUUCUUCAAGUUGCCAGAUAGUGAGCUCGGCGUCCGCUUUACAGGCUGUAUGCAGGACUGACUCAUUCUCUACGAGAAUGUAUCUUCCGCUAAAUUUCUCACGUUCUCUUCGUGGAGUUUGACAUUACUCGUUCAGUAGUAUUUUGCUUUUGUGUUUCAGGUGAACUCUUGGGGUUCGUGGGGAGCCUGUAGUGAAAAGUGUGCUGUUGGAUCUAAACAAAGGACGAGGACUAUAAAGAUUACUAAAAGGUGUCAAGGUCGAGAUUGCCCGGCUCUACAGGUACGUUUCUCGAGGAAAGAAAGACUGUCUCUCAUCUUCCAGUGAGGGAAAGUAUAAUUGACUGAUGUGAAAUACUCUUGCAGCAUGUUGACAUCACAUAAGGCCGAACAACGGCAUUGCUUUUGCAGAAAAAUGAAUGCUUGCUUUUCGAACUAGUUAUGCAGUUGUAUGUACCUUUUCAGCGGGUUCACGCGAUUAGCCUAACCCUGCGGAUUUGCGGUCUUUCCUUAGAUUUGUUUGGGUUUUUUCGUUUGUUUGUUUAUAUGAUUGAUUUUAUUCUACUGUGCGAAAAUAAUGGACCCAAAUCGUAGACGGGCCUUUUGCUGCUACUGUCGUUUCUCUCCGCUGCCAAGCUCAACCUCUUAAAUAUUUAGUAAUCCAUUCUUCAUUGCCUGUCUUUCCCAAGGUUCGUUUAGACAUCUAAAUGGUCAGUAAUUACUCAUUUGCGAUGUCGUCUCACUUCGCUUUUUCGCAGAAUACUACUCAGUGUGGAACCCCAAACAAUGGUUGCCUACACAAGUGCAGCAAUGGUGUAUGUUCAUGCAACAAUGGUUACUAUCUGGCCACGGAUAGGAAGAACUGUAUCGCUAAAGAUUGCAAGAUGCCAAAACCGUCAUACUGUGCCCCAGGUAAAUUCAUAGCACUAAGUCAAACCCCGUUCUACAAAACAAGGUCUUAGGUAUAAGCGUGAACAUAACGAAGGAAUUGACGGCAAAUCAACGAAUUAGAACAGUGGGUUAAAAUAUUAAAUAAAAGCUGAAUCUUCUUCCACACUGGGACCCCCGUCUAGGACGAAUUGAGACAUAAAUUCGCAGUUGGUGGUCGUAAAGGAUGAAAAAAUAUUGGUUACCAUGGAGAUUGUAGUCGAGGAGAGUUUGGGUUCGUGUCAGCUUUCUCGUUCCUAUUUAGCUGCCAUGCAAAACCCAAUACUAAAAAUCAUUUUGUCAUAUAUUGGAAAUCGCACAUCAAACUAAAUAGGGCAGUAAAAUUAAUUCUACCAGAGAUAGGUUUGGAAAAUAAUUUUCAACAAUCCUCUUUGAAACUUAUCACAAGGUGCCUAGGCAGUAUUUAUCAUUGAUAUUGUUGAUUAGAUCUGCGCAAAAAUGCUGGGGGGGCAUUGUUAAUUAAUAAUGUGUGAAUCUUACUCUUCCCGAUCAUCUGAGUGAAUUUUUUUUCAACUAUCGACCUAUUCAAAUAGAAAACAAAACAAACAAAAUAAUGCAAAAGUCUCUUUUCGGUGUUGAUUUUCUUUUGUAGAGUUGCUUUGAACUCUUACUGAGAAAUUCACUAACUUCUUGUCAUAGUUGACGAUAACAAUUGCAAAAGAUGUAUUCUUCUCCCAAGUUUGUCGUGCUGUUAAUUCCAUUUUUUUUAAUUCAAUUUUUUUUGAUAGGACCUCUGUCCUUCAAUUAAAGCAGGAUUUUUUCUCCAGCUUAUAAAGAAAGUUCGUGCUUCAUGAAUGCAACUUAUAAUUUUUAUCGUGCAGGUUUAUAGAUAGGAUAAGAAAGUGUUUUCUUGAUGAAGUGUUGACGAAAAGAAGAGGCUCAAACUCUCGGUUAAAUUAGAAUAUUUUAAGGGAAGGUUUCAGAUAUUCGAAUUGUUUUCAAAGGUUUCAGAAUUUUUACGCAAAACAAAGGUGGCCCAAACUUGAUUAGUAAUUAAACAAUGCCGCGUCAAUAAUCUUAGUAAAAAAUCUCUGAGUUAAGUGUUGUCUUUAAUCUUUUCACUUUCAAGGCCUGAUUCGCAAUUCUCUCCUUCCGCUGCCAUGUAUUUCCUUGUAAAUUAGUUAAGCGAAUUUGGUGUUACAUCAAGAUGACAUUAAGCUCAAACGUUUGUCUGAUCUCGUUUGUAAAUACAAUGGUAUUGUAUGAAGAAAUUGUGCUGGAUGUUGCUCACUUCAAGGUUUUCCCUCAUAGGUACAGCUCUCGGUAGCACUUGCAAGCAUGCCCUUGUCACGUGCCCGGGAAACAAGACCACUUAUCCUGUCACAUGCUCGCUAGGAUGUCCUAAAGAUUAUUCUAUAAAAGGAGCCUCUAAAGUCACGUGUCAGACAUCAGGGCAAUGGUCAACAUAUGCUACGUCUUAUUGCCGACGUAAUAAUGAUCCACCUUCUCAGGUCAGUGAUGAUGCUAAAAUUGAAAGAAAGCGUGGUUUAGAAUUAGUAAGAAGGGGGUGACAAGCUAUUGACCAGCGGAUCGGGUCAAUAGGUUGGAUGCUACCCUCUUAGUCUUAGUGAUAGGUCAUAUACUAGGGACUUGGUGGCCUUAUGCUUAGCAAGCUGAAUUCUGGGUGACGAGGUCAAUUUUCGAGCCCUGGUCAAGGUCAUGGCGUUGUGGUCUUAGGUAAGACACAUCACUCUCGAAGUGCUUCUCUCUAACCGGUAUUAUAUAUUGGUACAGGUAAACUGUCAUUGAAGCAUGAUGAAAUACCUCAAGGAGUAGUAGCAACGCUGUUAUGUGUUUAAAAGCUGUUUCAUAGUGAUGUUACAAAAAGGCAACAAAACCACCUCUAACGUAUUUAACCCUCUACAGCCUGACAUCAGUAUACAUUGUCUCCAUAACAUUCUCCAUACAUUUGCUAUGGUGCUGACAAAGAGAAUUUGUUUAACAAUCAAGAACUUCUGUAGUUGAUGAUCGUUUCCUUUAUUCUCAUGACCUCAAUGUUUGCUUUAAGGGUGAUGCUGAUAGGGGAAAAUAUUUAUUAAUCACUCGUAGGGAUUAAAGGGUUAAUGGACUCGUGUGCCAAAACACCCGAUUUAGCAUAGCAACCAUCAGUGGUCUCUCUCGGUUUGGUCACAGUUGCAAAGCAUUUCGCAAUACCAAUAGAAAAUAGUACUCUUGAUCACAAAUUGAUACAAGUGACUCUUUUUGCCAAAUCUCUAACUCCAUUGUAAAUUUGUGCAAUGAGUAAGAUACAGCAGAUGCGGGAUUUGAGACUUAUAGGAGAAGGGAGGGGGACGAAAAUGGUGCAAAGAUCAUUUUUGUCACGUGGCUAGAUGGAGUUCGCCACAUUUGUCAGCUAUUCAAAUCCACUUUUUCGUCCAGUUUGAAUAAUAGUAAUGUCAUUUUGAUGGGAAGUUUGUGCGGCUUUUCUAGAUUGUUCUUUCGGGAUCUGCAACCAUACAAGAGAACAAACCACGUGGAACAAAACUUGGAACGUUUUCUUCUGUGGAUUCUAACAAUAAAGACCAGCAUACCUACAGCAUUGUUAGUGGAGGGAGAGGAAAAUUUGAGCUGCGUGGAGCGGAUCUUUACACAUUGGUGGUGUUUGAUUACGAAUCGUUACCGAACCAGUAAGGGUGUAUCUUAAAUUAAGAUAGGUGCAAUUUGAGAGAUUAUUUUGCGAGAACUAUGAUGGACCCUACAGCUGUUUACGCUAACUUGAUCUCGAGUCUGCCUUGCUGGGUGAGAAAUGACGCGCUGGCAGAUAUGUUGAAUGUCACAGCGUUGGGGGCGUGAUGUUUCCUGACUAAUUUUAGGAAGAACGACAAUAUUUAAAGGCUCCGUUUUUUUCUUUUAUUCCUGCAGGUUCACUCUUACAAUAAGAAGUACAGACAAUGGAAGUCCACCGAUGAAGCUCGAUAAAAUAUUUAAAAUUACUGUAGCUGAUGUGAACGAGAAACCGACGGCCAUUCAGGUAAAGACGGUCUACAAAAAAUUAUUAACCUUUUUAAACCCUGACAUCAGUAUGCAUAUUCUCCAUACUAUUCUUUAUACAUUUCCUAUGAUACUGACAAAGAGAAUUUGUUUAACAAUCAAGAGCGUCUUUAGUUGGUGACCAUUUCCUUUAUUCUCAUGACCUCAAGGUUUGUUUUAGGGGUAAAACUAAUAGGAGUAAAUGUUAGUAAUCACUCUUAGGGGUUAAGGAAUUUACAUUUGGCAUUGUUGGUUAUAUGCCUCUAAAAUACAUAGUUGGGUGUAGAAUCACUUGGACAAUCAUGAUGAGGUAAAUGACAGGUUUAAACGGCAGGCUGCAUGCCCACCAAGGCGAUAGUAGUGGUAACAUUAAGUCUUUGUCGGCCUUAUUAGGCCUGGUUAGCCUAGUGUAGCCAAGUCGUAAAGGAGAGAAUAUUCCUCAAGGAUAAUUUAAAAGUAUCUUAAAGUCUCACAAUAUGCGUCACCUAUGAUAUGACAGUCGGUUUCUUUGUUGUUGUAACCUCUUCAAUAAAGCAAAGCCUGGUGUACAACCGUUUGUAUGAAAAAAAAAAAAAGGUUAAAGCUCCCUAAUGAUCACAUGAGAGGAAAGGCGCCGAGAUUUCUUUAAAAAAGUGGCUGGAAGUUUAAAUACCGGCCGUUUUUCCCUUACUUAAACUCUAUUUAAGACACCACAUUUCCAAGUCUCCUCUGAGGGCCUUUCAGAAUCAUCACGUUUGAAGUAGAAAAAUUAUCAUUUUAUAAACGCAAUAACUUUGUCUGCUCUUCAGUUGUCAGGCAACACCGUGGAUGAGAAUAGUGACGUAGACACAAUAUUAGGCGUGCUCAGUACCACUGACCUUGAUAACGGGCAGACAUACAGUUACAGUUUGUUGGACAGUGCUGGAGGAAGGUUUAAAAUUCAAGGGAACUUCGUGAAGGUAAGCUACCUGUAUCAAUAGACUAUUUUGGAAAAUGUUGGUGAAUUUUUCUAGCUGCCCAAUGUAACUGGUUCAACUAUCUACUGCUAUUGCUUACUCUACUUCAACUUCCGAUGGUGGAAGGUGUCAAAUUUAAUUGCUCCGAGUUAACCGCGUUCUGUUAGGGAAUAAGUCAUAACGAAGCUUGAAGCCCCAUUAGGGGUAAGGAGCAUACGGGAUAUUUGGGAGAAAAAACGUGAGGAGAAAACAUAACCGGAAACGGGAUAUUUAAAACACAGAUUCUAAAAUAUCGAAGUGGAAUUAUAGGCGUACAAAACAUAGGAGGUAUGGGAUAUGGGAUAUUUGUGCCUAACUUUAUUGGGUCUUUGAAACGUUUCCAUAGAGUGCAAAUGGACCAUUAAAAAAGUUUAAGAGGACUUAGAUCUAAACAAGACUUCAAUAAAGAAGACUUACCAACGUCUUAGUAAUAAAGGGUAACAGCGCUUGUUGCUCAUCUGAUUCAUUGCAGCAGUGGCUGCUUUACGCACUGGAACUGUUCUCAACUACAUUUAAUUCGUUUUACGAUUGUUAACCUGCUGAGCGCAUAGCUUUUGCCAUCGUUCGAGAAUAAAUGUUAAUGAUCGAUUACGUUAUAGGUUGGAAAGUCCAACAAGAACUGCAUGCUGAACGGAGGGUCCCAAUGUUUCUUAAACUACGAGAGCGUAUCCUCCUACUCCAUAGUUGUCCGUAGUGUCGACAGCGGCUCUCCAUCACUAUCGAUCAAUGCUUCAUUUAACAUCAGCGUAAAUGACGUCAACGAUCAACCACGAGGUUUGCAGUUGUCCAAUUACAAAGUCAGUGAAAAUGCAUCUAUAAAUACCAUAGUGGGCAAUCUUUCCGCCACCGAUGAAGACGCAGGUCAAAAACUCAGUUUCUCCUUGGUUGAUGACGACAAUGGUAGAUUUGGUUUGGACAACAACGGUGGUAUCUACAAAGCUAAAUCUACUGAUUAUGAGACAAGCAAAGUGCACUAUAUCGUGGUGAACGUCACUGACAAUGGACAGCCACCGAAAGCGGUGAGUCAAUUAUGAUUUGACAAAAGCCACACUCCGUGCAUUAUUUUUUAUCAUCAAAACUGCGCAAAAUUCUUGAACGCGGUUGGCUAUUGGCAACACCAUUUAUGCUUGCAAUUUGACGGUAUAACGGGAUAUCAACCACGACAAUCUUAUUUUUUUCUUUUUUCUUUUUUCUUCACAAGUUUGAUAAAUAAGUUUUAUCUCAUAAGCAUUCUGUCUCUUAAAUUUUGUCUUGGUACUGGUAAAUUAGUUACGUGGCUUAUAGCCGUCCAAUUCUGUAUGUAGUUAUACUCGUUCUUAACAAAGAAGACUCCUGCUACGCGGUCGUUCCAUUUUGUGGAUCACUCGUAUGAUCACUGACACAAUCAUACUCUAUACCAUUAUCAGUUAUGAUGUUACCUUCGAAAUGUUUCUUGAUUUGGUCAAGUGCAAAUUUAAUUUGACUUAAGCUGAAUUGUGGAAACGAAAAAAAUAUUAUAAAAUAGGUGCUGGAUCAGGGUCAGGAAGACGCAACAGACUCUCAAGAACUGAUUUUUAAAUUUCCCCUUUAGCUGUUAGACAUUUACUUCUAAAUAAUUUCCAUUUGGCACAUCUAUGGUGAAAGGUCACGUUCCACUACACUUUUAUAACUUGAAAUUUGUCCAAUUUGAAUCGACUCUCUUGAUAUGGCAAAUGUUACAUUUUUAUUUGUGUUUUUUUCAUCUAUUACUACCUCUAAGUUGAGAAGUUAUUUACUUGUUCAAAGCCUUUGUUCGAAACAACCCUUGCCAACAGUCAAUAACUAAAAAUGUGAGUAAUUUUUUCCUCUCUCCUUCUUUUUUGCGCAGAUGACCAGGAAUUUUUCCAUUAUUGUAUUAGACGUCAACGAAGCCCCAGUCUCCAUCGAGCUUACUCGAACCAGCGUAUUUGAGAAUGCGAGGCUUGGUACGGUCGUGGGCUCUCUGUCAGCAAAAGAUAAUGACGCUGUGCAAUUCCUGACUUUUAAGCUGGAUGAAGAUUCCGCUGGAAAAUUUUCCCUUCAAUCAAACGUGACUUGUCAAAAUUCUUCCUUAGGUGGGACAGUAUGUGCUACAAAUUUAUUGGUCAACGGUGAUAUAAACUAUGAAGAUGCGUCGAGCUUGGACAUCAUCGUGCGCGUAACGGACGAAAAAGGGCUUUUUCACACCGAAAUGUUUAAUGUAACAGUGAUUAACGAGAAUGACCCACCCACGAAUGUAACACUGGAUGGCAGUGCUUCAGCUUCUGUGGCGGAGAAUAGCAUAAACGUUCAAAUUGACACUCUACUGACAGACGACGAGGAUCAGGGGCAGAGAUUUACGUAUGUGUUAUCAAGAAAUCCUGGCGGGAACUUUGAAAUUAGAGGUGAUAAACUUUUUGCUUCUAGAAACGCUACGCUGGACUUCGAGUCAUCUCCAAGCUACCAGAUAAAAGUGAUAUCAACUGACAACGGAAGUCCACCAAAAUCCAUUGAGGUAACUUUAGUAGUAAACCUUCAAGAUGUCAACGAAAAACCAACUGAUAUACAAUUGUCCAACAACAGCGUCCAAGAAAAUCGACUUGCUGGAGCGGUGAUUGGUCAGUUGUCUGUCAGGGAUCCUGACAGACAGCAAAGUCACGUGUGUAGCAUCACUGAUUCAGCCAAUGGAAAGGUAGGAAUAAACAAUAACAAGAUAACCGUCGGUAGUGCUGGCAUCGAUUACGAAGAAGCAAGCUCUUUCAACUUGACAGUUCUCUGUCGCGAUCCAGGUGGCCUGACGGUGGAAAAGUCGUUUGUCAUUCUUGUUCAAGACAUUAAUGAAGCGCCCACUAACAUUGCACUGUCAAACGAUAAAGUCCAGGAAAAUAAAAAAGGUGGCAUUACUGUGGCACAGCUCAAUGUCACCGAUCCAGACAACGUCAAGGCACAAGUGCAAAGUGUUUCUUUCUCAAUUUUGUCCUCGAAUCCUAACCUACCGUUUCAAAUUCAAAACGACGCUCUUGUUACCACUCGAGGGCUCAACUUUGAAAACACUGCCCAGUGGACCUUCAGAAUAAAAGCAACGGAUGAUGGAAGACCUGCCUUAUCCCGAACACAAACCGUAACCAUCCAGGUUAUCGACGUAAAUGAUGCUCCCGAUGGAUUAACGGUGAGAAAAUUUGUUUCCUUGCGAACGAGAAAUUUUUCCCGCGCUAUAUUAUAAAUCACCUGUUACUUGCAUUUUGGCAAUAUGCCAAUCCAUCACUCUUUAAUUAUUCGCCCUCUGGAAUCAGGACCGACAGAUCCGAGUUAGUGUUCAUAACAAAGUCAUUAUUCUUUGGACUUGGGUAACAAACUUCACCCACUGACACACAAUGCCUCCUAUUACUGCCAAGAAAAAGGGGAACUUUACGAAUUUUUAGGGAUACCUGACAGAAGAGUGGCAGGUAUAAACGUCAAUUUGUUUGAGAAAUUUUUCUUUCCACAAGGUACACAAAUAGCGAUUCUGAAGGUGAGAUAGAUUAUCUUAUUUAGGGUAAGCCUUUUCUGCGUGCAAGAAACCACCAAUCUUGGUAAAAGAUUGUAAAUGGACUGCAGUUAAAGAUAUUAGCCGUUUUCACAAUAUGUCUUCCUUUAUCCUCAUAGCUUUCUAGCUCCUCUGUAAACGAAAACAGCGACAGUGACACACUAGUGGGGACAUUAACAGCCCUUGACCAAGACACGUCACAGAAUCACACAUUUCAGUUAUUGGACAGUGCCUCGGGAAGAUUUAAUGUCGAUGGUAACCAAAUAAAGGUAAGCUUUGUCUACACUUUCUGAAAUUGCUCAAAGCUAAUUUUUUAAAAUGUGUUUUUGUUUAAAAUACAAGAAUUGUGAAGAAACUUGAUUUCUUGAUGGCGAAUGAAAGUUUUACUAGUUUUUUAAAUUUGGAAAUUCUGGAGAAUGUAAAAUAAAAAUCGUUUAAUAACCUGGUGAACUGUUUGACAGAAAGCUGCAUUUCAUGUAGAGUGUUGUUAAAAUGUUUAACAGAAUCUCCAGAAAAGCUUCUGCCCCAACUUGUCUUUUUGCUAUGAUGUAGGUAUGCACUGCAACAAAAACAGAAUGAAAUUUAUUGGAAUUAUUUACAUUAAAGAUUUUAUGAACCCUGAACUUAUGUUCGAUUUUAAGGUGGCUGUUCGCAACACACAAUGUCUGAACUACGGAGGUUCUUCUUGUCUUUUGAACUACGAGGUACAAAAACGUUACGUGAUCAGAGUGAAAACAACAGACGAUGGAUCACCACCAUUAUCUUUUGAGAAGGACUUUGGUAUCGAUAUUCGUGAUGUCAAUGACAAGCCACGUGACCUACAGCUGUCCAGUAAUAAAGUAAAGGAGGACGCCAAGAAAAACACUUUGAUUGGCCGGUGGGUUCACCUUUGUUUUGCGUUUCUUAACCCACUUUUUUAUUUUAUUUUCUUCUUCGCUUCACUUUUUCACGCAUUUUUUCUGCCUGAAUAGAAAAACAAUUUUGCCUUUUUUCCGCUCCUUUGUUUUCAACUUCCGAUAACUCGAACUCCCGAUAAAUCGAACCUUUUUCGAUUUUUCUUAGGGGUUCGAGUCGUCGGGACCCGACUAUAAUUCUAACCGAAUUGUCUUUUGUAUUAGGAAAAUAGGAAAAAUCUUUAAAUCCUACUAUUUUCUCUUGAUUGCACAAACGGCUUGAAGUAUCAAAAAAAGAAAAAAGUUCAGCUUAGCGUAUACCGCUUUUCACACAUCUCAUGCUUAUCCUCUCUGAAAGCUAAUUGUUUUUUUUGCUUUAUAUCAUAUCGACAGUUUUUCAUCGCGCGACGAAGAUGCAAAUCAAACGCUGACUUAUUCACUCAAGAAUGAUGAUAGUGGUCGCUUCAAGGUUGACUCCCUGGGAAACCUAUACAAAGCAAACGACACUGAUUAUGAGACUCAGACUAAACACACCAUAACUGCAGUUGUAACAGACAGCGGAAAUCCGUCCUUGAAGGUAAUUUACUUGAUUUGUAGGACUCAAGUGAUUAUAGGGCACAAGUCCCCGAUUUUCGGGAUUUAAAAACUACUAACAUUGCCUAAUUUCAAUUGCCAAAGAAAGUGGCUUGACCCUUAAAAUACGUCAGACAACUUGUAUAAUUUUAACUAAAGUUGGUAAGAACUUGGCUACAGCAGAUGCUGCAUCGGCUAGUAACGAUGAGUGUUUCAGUGACAACACAAUAAAAAAGAAUAAACGAUUCAUUUUGACCAUACUUUGAAAGAAUAUCCUGUCUUUGCUUUUAGACUUCGAAUAGACUCAGAAAAAUUGUUCUCAGAAAAGCGCCUGACAAGAGGCGCAAUAUUCUCCUAACAUUUUAUUAUUUGAAUUUUUUUUUUUUUCACUCAUUUUGACUUUUCAUCCUCUUCGUUUCAGAUGGAAAAAUUGUUCACAAUUGAAGUUUUGAAUGUCAACGAAGCUCCGGUAAACAUAAACAUAACUUCUCAAGGAGGCCAGCUGUAUUUCCCAGAUGGGCAUCCGCAGGUUCGCGAAAACUCCCCCUUGGGAACAGUUAUUGGAAUGCUAGAGGCUUUAGAUCACGAUGCAAACCAAACUCUUUCCUUUAAGCUCGAUGAUGAUGCCGGCGGAAAGUUUACAUUAGGGCCUUCGGCGAAUUGCCAGACGAUUACCAAUAUCUCAGGGGUAAACACAAAGUGCACCAUUGGUCUUCGAGUUAAUGGAGAUCUUGACUUUGAACUGUCCAAUGAGUAUCACGUGACAGUGCGCGUUACAGAUGCUAAAGGACUUUUUACAGCUGAGCAGCUUAGAAUUAGCAUCGUGGAUGAAAACGAUGCACCUGAAAAUAUCACUUUGGGUGGAAGCUACUCGGUCAGAGUGUACGAGAACGCGAAUGGGUCACUCGUCGGGCAACUGGUGACUAGUGACGAGGACGUUGCGCAGGCGCAUACGUAUAAACUGUUCGACGACGCCGCUGGUCGAUUUGUUAUUCUAAACGACAAGCUUUAUGUCUCAUUGGCAGCCAAAUUGGAUUUCGAAGGUCAAAAUAAUUUCACGGUGAAAGUAAGAAGUACAGACAGUGGAUCGCCGUCUCUAAGUGUGGAACAGGUUUUCGAAAUAAGCAUCCUGGAUGUGAACGAGGCCCCUGUCAAUAUUUCUCUCGCGCCUGCCAAUGUCACAGAGAACAGUCAACCUGGCACACGGAUUGGUCAAUUAACUGUCAGUGACCCUGAUAACUAUGGACCACGUGGUACAUUGCAGACACACAGUUGCCAAGUAACCGGUAGCAAUAUUGGCAAGUUUACCAUCCAGUCAAACGUUCUCGCCCUAGGAGGUGCUAGUCUAGACUACGAACUAACGCCGGUGACGCGUGUCCAGGUGAAGUGCACAGAUAACGGCUCCCCACCCUUGUCCCUUGUGAGGGAUUUGUCCAUUAAUGUGAAUGACGUCAAUGAGGCACCCACAAGCAUUUCCCUGUCGAGCGAUGCCAUAGAUGAAAAUCAACCACCAUUUUUGAUAGGUUUGUAAAUCGUUAAUCUGAUUUUAAAUUAUUUUGUCGUGUUAUAAAAUUAGGGUUUCACUGAAAUGCUUUAGGGUAGUUCUUAAAAUAAAUCAAUUUAACCACUUUUUCGCUCUCGGUUUACUAACUCAACGCAUGGAGCAAGCUACUUUGCCGUUGACUGAAAACAUCGAAAACGUGUAUUACUGAUUAUAUCUGCUCUGGCACCUCGAAGUUGGCUUCUGGCAUUCUCGGUAGUCAACAAUAUAAAUUGACAAUUUCUCUCUCGAUUCUGUCCUAACUUGGCUAAUAAUCGCAUGGAAAACAAUACUUUCAUCGUGUUGUCUUUCUCGUUAUUUUUAAGGAUUUUUCUCAACUGCUGACCCGGAUAAUGCCAAUCAACCAACAAACAGGCAAACGUUUACCUACAAGCUCAUGGGCGAUACCGCUGGACUUCCAUUCGUCAUUGACGGCGAUGCAUUGAAUUCUACACGAAGUCUGGACUAUGAGGCUCAGCGCUCUUGGAACAUCACAGUCCAGUCCGUCGAUAGUGGGAACCCACAGCUAAGCGUCGUAACAGAUUUUCUCAUCUCUGUUAUUGGUAAGUAAAAUUUACCACCCGCACUCGGGUUGAAAAUAAAACUGAUAAACCCUUUCCCGGCCAUUCAAUGUCACGCCUGUCCUUGGCGAGUAGAAUGAAGUUUAGUCAUUUCGAUUGGUGAUAAUAUCCUAACCCUGACCCUAUACAUUUGGCACAAACAUGGGACUAAGAAAAUUUUCAAAACCCUCCUUCAUUCCAAUGUCGCUUUUGGAUGCAGUCUACCGACCAAGCUACAUCGUUGGCACGUUAGGCUAUAUAUUAGGUUCACAAAAGACAAAUGCCACUCAGCAUAGUUGAAAUUUCCUUUUUUGACAUUACCACGAUUGAGGGACCAAAUCACAGUUUUUCAACGGCUUUUUUUUAAUCUCGCAAAAUCUCGCGAAAUCUCGCGCAUUCCGUAAACUCGUUACCGUUAACGAGUUAAUAUUCUUUAAAGCAUAUCGAAUUUAUAAACACUACGACUGAUAUUGACGGUAGAGGAGGGAUAGAAGAACAACAUUCUAAUCAGUUUUGGUUCUUUUUCCAUGCUCUCCUGCAGAUGUCAACGAAAGGCCAUUUAAUAUCACUUUGUCAAAUACUGUCGUCGAUGAAAAUUGCCCGCAGGAUACAGUUGUUGGUAACCUACUCUCCCUAGACCCAGAUCGCUCGCAGACCCACACGUACACUAUGGUAAACAGUGCGGGAGGUAGAUUCAAACUAGCUGGAAAGCAACUAAAAGUUGCCAUGUCUAAUGUGGACUGCCUUAAGAACGGAGGAGAUUUCUGCAAGUUGAAUUACGAGAAAAAGGGUUCGUACACGGUGAAGGUGCGCGUAACAGAUAACGGAAGCCCACGUCUGAGCAGUGAAGCAAGCAUGGUUAUUUCCUUGAAUGACGUCAAUGACCGACCAAAUGACUUCAGGCUGUCUAGUCGCACUGUGAAGGAAAAUGCAACAGUUGGUACAAAAAUUGGUCGGUUCACCGCCACGGACGAAGAUCAGUUCCAAACGCUAACUUUUUCGCUGCUUAACAGUGAUGGGGGAAGGUUUGCGAUUGACUCUACAGGUUAUUUGUUCAAAGCAAAGAAGACGGAUUAUGAGACGAGCAAGGCUCACAAGAUCGUUGCGCAGGUGACAGACAAUGGGACAGUGCCUUUAAACGUAAGUUCUCUCCACUCAGACUUCCGUAAAAUGCUUUUAUCACAUGCAGUAGUUAAAGCGCUGUGGAAACAAAAUCAAAGUAGUCCGAAGGGCUACGCAAAACAAAGGAAAAUCACAAGAAGAUGAUGAAAGGUCAAAGCAAAAUCAAACAAACCGCCUGAAGUGCAGAUGACCAGACCGUGAGUGGCUUCCUAUCGGCCUGGUUGUGAGGGAGGAGAGGGUAAGGUACGAUUCUUCGACCAAUCGCAGAGCGUCUUGACGAAAAGCCAGUGUGAUACAAAUAUUUUACACAGUCAUCCGAAAAACUAAUACACAUAAAAUGAUCCUUUGUUUCUCUUCACAGAACAACAAAACAUUUAUAGUCGUUGUUGAGAAUAUUAACGAGCCUCCCAUAAACAUGACGCUUACAUCAACAUCAGGACAACAGUCAUUCACUGACAACAAGCCUAGAGUCAACGAAAAUUCAGCAGCCAACGCCACAGUGGGGACACUUCAAGCUUUUGAUCAUGACGAGGUGCAAAGCUUAACGUUCUCUUUAGACGACGACGCCAAUGGUAAAUUUACCGCGGGCUCGCAUGUCACAUGUCACAACAACACCAACAUUCCCGGCGUGAAAACGAUGUGCACCGCACUAUUGCAAGUCAGCGGUGAUCUCAACUAUGAGGCAAGCCACAGUGAAGACGUUGUGGUGCGUGUGACUGAUCCCAGCGGUUUAUUCCACAUUCAGCCAUUGCAGGUGGUGAUUUUAGAUGUUAAUGACCGACCUAGCAAUAUCACUCUCGCAGGGGGUGAUACGGCAUCUAUCAACGAAAACGUGAAUGGUGGUUUUGUGGGCGAUCUUGUAACCACAGAUGAAGAUUCUAACCAAACUCAUAGGUACACUUGGAUAAAUAAUGGUGGAUGGAAAUUUCUCCUCAGAAGCAGCAAGAUUUACGCUUCAUCAAACGCAAACUUGGAUUACGAAGCAAAGUCGACCUACAUUAUUCGGGUUCGAAGCACAGAUGAUGGCAGCCCAAGGUUGAACAUUGACAAGACCUUUACAGUAAAGGUAAGCCUCUUCAGCUUUGAAAUGUUAAUUUUUAAGGACGAAAUAGGCUCGAGUGUCUGAUAAUAAAAUUUUGUAAGUAAUUGUAUCGAUCAAUCAGUACAAAGGAAAUUAUUUCAAAGAGCUAGUUACAUGUCAAGUAAAAACAUGCAAAGCGCAUGUAACUGGGAAAUUUCGAGUGAAUAAAUUUCUCAUCUUGAUGGGGUUUAAGACCAGAGAUUAAAUUAUUAUCUUCUGACGUGAUUUGCUGCUCAAGCCCAAUCGAAUAUAUUUUGUUUUGCUUUGUUAGAUAUUUGCUUUUCGUUUAACUUGGUUGUCUUUUUGUUUCUAGGGUCAUUCUCUUUAAAAUAAUUUUUCUUUGAUGAUUUUGCUUCAAGAAGAGAUAGAAAGCUAGAUCCCCCAAACGAUCUUUGAAAUUUCACUGAAUUGUUCUGCUCUGCCCCUCAUAUGAGGGUACUGCCUCAACUAGCAAAAAUUAUAACACAUUUCCUUUCUUUUCAGGUUCUUGACGUCAACGAACAACCAACAGAUAUUUUACUAUCGUCGAGAAAUGUCUUAGAAAAUAGCCGCAAGGGUACAGUGGUCGGCAACAUAUCUGUUUUAGACCCUGACGAUAUGGGACCUCGAGGACCCUGGCAAAAUCACUCGUGUAGAGUCCUUAACCCUUCCAGUACUCCUUUUAAGGUGAACGGAACAGACAACAUUUUAGUUGUUGACGGAGAUUUGAACUACGAAAAAUUAGACAGUUACAGCAUCGAUAUUCGAUGCCAUGACAACGCAAAUCCUCCUUUAUCUGUCGAUAAAAACUUCAAGAUAAAUGUAAUCGAUGUGAACGAGAAACCCUAUGACAUUACGAUCUCUAAUAACGAGGUUGCCGAGAAUACAGGGAUUGUCACUGUUGGAAGUCUUGAUACCGCUGACCCAGACAAUGAGCUGACUGUGGUGCAAACGUUUACUUAUACUAUCGACACUGCCUCUGGAAGUGUUCCUUUUGCCGCUGUCCACGGCCUACUUAACACCACGCGUAGUUUGGAUUACGAGGCAAAUUCGACUUGGUCGCUGACUAUCAAAUCUACGGAUAACGAAGGUUAUUAUUAUAAUUUUAUGUACGUAAUUAAGGAGAGAAAAAGUGCCCUUGCAAAAUCAACUGGGAUGAGUCGCAGAGAAUCUAUAAGGAACAACUAUCAGGUCAAUUUUUAUGGCUCUAGAACUAUUUUCAUUUUGGUAUAAAAUACUCUGUUGUUACCAACUCGGAAAUUGAAAGAGCGUGUAAUAAUUAUUUUUCCAAUCAGCCUGGUUGAUUAUCUGUGAACUCAUUCUUCCUAUUUUUCAUUUCAACAUAGUCAGUACUUCUUAUUUGUGUGUCAUUCAGUCGUUUUUCCAAUAUUUUUGAUAGUGAAAGAUGCUUGAGGUUAUCGAGUUGAGCUUUCUCUCUUUUAUUUAUAUUGUAACUCUGUGUAGGCCUCACCACAACGAAGAACUUUUCGAUCAUCGUCAAAGACACAAAUGAUCCACCCACGAGUGUUAUAGCCAGCGGUCCACUUAGCGUCAAUGAAAACAGCCAAACUGGAGAGUAUAUAGGAAGUUUGACGACCUCUGACCAAGAUGUUGGACAGACGCACAAAUAUCGAAUACUUAAUGUGUUUGCACAGGGACACAGGAAUCAAAGGUAUUGCGGGCAAGUGAUAUGUGUUGUGAGUUCUGUCUUGCAUAUCAGUGUUAGUUAGUUAGCAAUGUUAUCUGCACCGGUUGGUAGCUGCUGGAAAUAAACACAAUUUAUUUUAGAAUCAAAUAGUGUCGAGAUAAAUGUACGAGUGGAUACGAAACGGCUAUCUUACGCAAUUUUAGCGUAAACUUUUAUUAGAUUACUGAGGUGUUCAUAAAAGACAAACUUACAUGGGAGUCCUCGUAAGAAAGCUUCUUUCUCACUACGUAAUAGCAAGUCUGAACAACAGAUUUGAACACGUUUGAACACGUGAAGUUAGAUUCCUUUUUUCUUUGUCCUACACUCGUGACAAGACCGAAAAUAUCUUUCUCUAUUUAUUUACUGAGCUGAAUCCUUACUUUCUUUCUUAUUCUAUUUACAAACAUGACGCUAUAGACAUCACUGAUCCCAGCAGUCUACAGAACGUGUGUCAUACAUGAACUUCGUAAUGGGCCUCGCUCGCCAUAGAGUCUCUGUGGCUCAGUGGUAAAGCAUCGGUGGUCUGAGGUUCAAUUCUUCGUGGAGACUCAGAAUUUUUUCUUUGUCCCACGCUCGUAACAAGACGAAAAACAUCUUUCUCCACUUUCUACUUGUUAUAAUUGCUUCGGUUUUGCAGAAAAUUUUGUAAUUAAUUUUUGAUAUGAUUUAUGGCUGUCGUUGUCUUUGAGUUUUGGCCAUGGCUUCACUCUUUUUGACAGUGAUCUGAACGUUUUAAUUUCUCUUUUGUUGCAGUAGUUCAUCAAAUCUUCAUAAUUUGUUUUCUAUUGAGUCGCCCUCUGGCCGAAUUACACUUCAAAGGCCAGGGCUUAAUUACGAGCUGUAUGCCAACUACACAGUGACAGUGAACAGUACAGACAGCGGUUUUCCGCCGUACUCCAUUUUAGCCUCGUUUGUCGUCAGUGUUAACAACACAAAUGAACAGCCACAGAGCAUUUUCCUGUCUGGAAACCAGGUUAGUCAGAACAAAACAGAAAAUUAUGGCUAUUUCUAAAUAACUAAAAAGCUAAAUCAGUGGUAUUUGCACCGUACUUUGGAGAUAUUUAUCUUGAACCCAGGCUUGGGAGAAAAUUGUGAAUGCUUGUUUUUCUGGAAGUCAAAAGGAAGGCUCAAAAUUUGUCAUCUUCCUUACCCUUUGGAUAUUGCUGAUACAAACAGUAUGCAGGAGGUUUAUUACACGUGAACCUAGUAUAACGUCUCAGCAACGAGUAUUUUUGGGAGCAUUUGACGACAAUGAAAUACACUACUUGCUCGAACCCCCCACCGCUCGAUCCCAGGGAUAUAGCGAGGAACUUAGCAUUUUAUGAAAACUUAAAAUCUUUCGUUGUAACCCACGCCACAGCUAGGUACUUUCAAAGAUAGUGAACCACUCAUUUCCAGGUUCCCCAUUGAAGAUUAAUAAAGUAAAAUUUCCGCUUUAAUGACUUUUCUUGUAUCCUAGUAAUAUUACGCUGUUAAACGCGCGUCAAACUUGAGAUGUUACCAGCCCCAUGGAUUUCCCCUUCUUAAGCGGGAUUCGGGAUUGGGAAUUAUUGUCCUUUUCUCUAACCUCACCAUACACUAGUAUCCUACUCAAGUGGUGCACUCUUUAUUGGUCUCAUUUUGAACAAGCCCAUGUCGUGACAUUUUAGGUACCUGAAAACAGCCCAGUGGAUACAGUGGUUGGCGACUUAUCAAUAUAUGACCCGGAUAACAUUCACCUUCCGCUGCAAAAGUUUCAAUGUUCAGUGGUAAAUGAUAAACCAUUUAAGGUAAGAAUCAAAUCAAAAUGAAUGGACUUGCAUUUAUUUAAUAAUUUAUUCAUUUAGUAGUUCAGUGUUCUACAAUGGUUAAUAACUCCAAGAACGUUUAUCAGUUCUGCAUCAAAAGGGAAACAACUAGAAAAGUGACUACGUAAAUGUUACGUCAAUAUGUCUGGCGCUGUUUUCAAAUCAAUCAAAGUGCAUUCAAUAUUUAUUUUCCAGUCAGGCAAAGAAACCACGACCUUUUCGUAUUCUGUGUUACAGAGUGCCAAAGAAAGCUUCCUGUCAAAGAGAGCCUACUUUGAUCAUUAAGAGUGACCAGAAUCUAAUUUCUCCUUACACUAUCACCACUGAUGAUCACUUGGUGAUCACCAAUCAAAAGAAAAAAAUAUUUUGAUUGUUAAACAAAUUCUCUUAUUCAGCACCUCGGGAAAUUUAAAGAGAACGGUAUGAAAAAUAUCCAUACUGACGUUAGGGUACAGAUUUAAGGGUUAAUGCGCUGCACUCGGUAUCGGGGGGUUCUUAUAUGGUCGCGUUUUGGCCAGCUCAUUUUGUUAUAGCUUUGAGCAAGGCAACUUACUUUCAUGAUUCCUUUCUCCACCCAGAAAUUUAAACGUCCAUCAGCGAAUUAUCGCCUGGAAUAACGAUCGGCUUUAUCGCUUUGCAUGUUAGAAAAACUCUUGUACAUUUCAAAGGUUAUUUGCUUCUCUUAAUCGAAAGGCAUUCAUGAAAGUUUCAGUUGUUCUCGUAUAAGUUAUCUCUUCUCUAAACUUGAUUGCAGGUUGUAAAUCAUUUGACUUUGGUUGUUUCUAAAAACACGCUGGAUUAUGAAACAGUAGACACAUACACAGUGAACGUAAGUUAUCCAUAUUUAGUCUAAUUGAAUGUUAUUUAUAAUGGUAAUGGGACCGAGUGAGGUCCAAUUCUGUCUCUAAUCAUACGAGUGAUUAACAAAAUCGGACGACCGCGAAGCAGGAGUCCGAUUUGUUAAUCACGAGUAUAAUUACAGACAGAAUUGGACGACAAGAAGUCCUAUUACCAAUUAAUCAUAACAAUUUCAAUUUCCGAAAAAACAAAUACACCUUGAACAAAUAUUUCCAGUGGAGACAAUUUCUUUAGUUAAAAUUCCUUCAUUUUGGAAAUUCCCAAGUUUUUCUUUGGAUAAGUGGUUGUUGCUAUGGUUAUUUUGACCAUUUCUGUGAUUGGUGGAUUAGCUGAGUGGACCUGUUAUGAUUGGCUGCUUCAACUGUCCGAUUACAGGUGUCUGAUUACAGCAAACUGUCCAAUUACAUUGUCUGAUUACAACUGCACAGAAUGAUAAGUGAAAAAUGAAGCUGCGAAUGCACCAAUAAUAUUUGAGGAAUUUGUAAUUGUUAUGAUUAAUGAGUGUAAUAUGAUUUUGAAGUCAGGUUGCCUCUACCUUAUAAGUUUGUGCAGUAAACUAUCACUGUUAAAAAAAGAGAAGAAUCCUUGAUUUAGUAAGGCUGAGCAUCCGGUGCACUACCGAUGCCCAACUCAAAAAUAAUUUAUCUUAGAGGCUCAACGUCGCAAUAAUUUUUUCAGUUCCUUAUUGCGACGUGAAAAAUCAAUAUUGCCAAGAACAUGAAGCCAGGGUAAUGGCAAACUAUUAUAAAACAAUAUAACGGAGAGAAUGAGACAAAAAGGAACCUAAUCGAGAAGAUUUUCACAGAACACAAAUAGGAUGGUAAAUCGUUUUAAUCUCACAGUUUUCAUGAUUUCCUCCUACAGGUCAGUUGUACAGAGCUGUUACCAAAUCCCUUCUCCGUCUCUUCACUGUUUGUGAUUAACAUCCAAGAUGUAAACGAGGCUCCGUAUAAUCUGACCAUUUCCGCCAAUAACGUGAACGAGAACGGACCUCCUGGGGAUGUCGUGGGAACACUCAGUGUUCAUGAUCCUGAUUUACCGGUUAGAUGGCAACUUGCAGAUUUUUUUCCACCGUUAGGAGUAUCUACCGAUAAUAUGUAAAAGUCAAACACCUUUUGAAGUUUUUGAAAAGAGGAAAUUAAUAAUAGGAAGGAAUUGUUACUGCGCGAGGCUCGUCUAACAAGGUUCAACUUCAUUGAUCGCGCAUUCAGUAGUCAGUCAAACAUCCAAGUGCAACCCUGUCCACUAAGACCCAACCUCCGUUAUUUUACAGCGGAAUUUUUAUUACUUUAGUUUGCUUGUCUACUUGAAGUUUUCUUUUUGUUUCGCUUUCUUUUCCAUCGUCAGCUUCAAUUCAUCUAAUUUGUUGUUAAUCUCUUGUUCUUUUUCCUCACAGUCGAGUGGGAGAGCCAAUGUAUCACUAGCUCUAAAAUACCAGACACCAGGCCCGGUGGCGUUCACAUUAAAUGGCAGUAGACUGGUAACUGCCAGAAAACUGAAUUUUGAAACUCAAGAUUCCUACAAAGUGACAGUUGUUGCAACAGACAGCGGUAACCCACCACUCAAUACCAGUCUCACUUUUACAAUUCAGGUGAAAAAAAAUCCUCCAUAGACAUUUCCAAAUCUUGUGUACUAGAAAUCGUCAAGUCCCAUAUAGAGUUUCUCCACAAAGUAGGAGUAGUACAUAUGGCGAACUAGUGAUUGGAAUAUGCAAAGUUAGUGUAUACUAUAGAGGUAAAUAGUGCUUUUUGCUCGCGCUGAUUGGCUGCUUUGGAAACGAUUAGAAAGAGCUAUUCACCUCCGAGCAGCCGAAUCGUCAAAAUUGUGCGUCAAGAUUGAAAUUUCCGACCAUUUUUCGGUAUCUUGACAAAAAUAAACUAUUUAUUGGUUUCUGUGUGGUAUAUUCUCAGAAAAUUAUUCACCUCAGUGUCGGUGAAAGUGGUGGAUACUUACUUCUACCUCGGUGAAUAACCCUUACCCUAAGAUGAAGCCAGUCUAUAAACUAAUUUACAUUUACAAGGAAAUGUUUAGUAGUUUGAGAGAAAAAUUCUGUAGAGAUCUUACACCAUUCAAUAUUAAUUCAUAUGUGUUGCAAAAGAUUUCAGUCACUCUAUCUUGUAAAACAAUGAUUCAGUGUAACAAUCCUUAAUUCUGGUGAAAUUUCCAGCCAUAAUUUAUUUCCCAGUGCUUGAUUCUGUUUUGAGAAAUUCUCCGUGGUCUAAGAAAUACCAUUCAAUUUUAGGUGAUUGAUGUAAAUGACCCGCCCACUGCAGUCAAGCUAGUGUCAAAUGGUAUCUACGAAAAUGCAACCGCUGGUACUAUCGUCGGAGUAUUGCAGGCUACAGACCAAGAUGCAGAUCAAAGUCAUACUUUUGUGGUUACUGGUUAUGGUUCAGGUAUUUAAAACUUAUGCAGCAAAUAAAUGUUGUAUUUUAUUGUCACCCUAAAACUCGACUUAUACGCAUGGGCAUUAACAUUCUAAUAUUACUCGUCUUCAUCAAUAAUUUAUAUUUCCCUUCAUAAAAGAUGACGAAGGCUGAGAAUCUUUUCUUUGCAAAGAAGGGGUAGUAAAGGUCGUUCUUUGAUGAAAAGAGCCCAUUUAAGUGAAAAUGUCUUCCGAGUUGUAUCGUACUUAAAACCUGCGUUAGCUGGGUUAAUUGAGACGCGCUGAAGAGUGGAUAAACGACGCAUAGAGGAGGCAGAGGUUGUCAGGGAAACGAAAACCUGUUGGCUAAUCAAAGCUACACCCGUCAAUCUUGCCUUGGUCUUGGCCUGACUGGCUAGACGGAAAACUUAUGAGAACCUGAUCGCAGCGAUUUUGGAACGGCACGUUACUGUUUCCGUUAGAGCUCUCACACGUUAUAUUGAUGACAAUAAUAUUAAUUUGGUUGCUUUCAGAUUGGUUCAUUGUUAAUGGAAGCAACCUGCGGCUCAAAGGCACACCACUGAAUUACGAAACCACACCUGUGAUGAAUAUAACUAUCCUUGUUCUAGACAAUGGCUCCCCUCCCCUUUCAUACAAGGUUCGUUUAGUGACAGAAUCACAGUAUUAUGCUAGUAUGCUUUUCUCUUAAAUAAUUUUGAUUUGAAUUUUGUUCUGAUAUCUUUUAAUUUAUGUGACUUACGUAAAAUAUAUUACGAUAACCAGCAACUGGAUUUUUGCAUUUGAAUUACAGGGAAACGUGAGUGUCAUGGUGCUUGACAGCAACGAUCGCCCAUCAGAUAUAAUCUUUAACUCAUCCCUCUCAGUAACCGAUAGCACUUCGUACCAGAUCGUCAUACCCGAGAACAGCCCGAGUGGAACUUCGCUUAUGAACUUAAGUGUCGUAGACGAGGACUUUGGUCAACAACACAAUUGUGAACUUGUCGCAGGGAGGAAUUAUUUCAUUAUAAGUUCUGCAUCUAAAUCGACGUCUGAAAUAACUCUGAAGGAAGGCGCUGAUUUAAAUUACGAAACUCUUUUGGAUACUCUACUAAAAGGUAAGAAACGGCGUUUCCUCUGAUGCAGUACCUGCUUUGUGUUUUUUUUCUCAAACUUGGCCUCUAGCUUUGGGGGGUUCUUUGUUCAUCAAACCCGAGGUACGAAUAAUUUACUGCCGAGGUACGUGAUAACUUGAAUCAAAACUGACCUCACUUAAGUCUCUGAGGAGUAUCAAGUCUCGUAACUUGGCCAGUACGAUAUGCUUCGUACGAUCGCUGUAAUUGGUAGCUAACGAUCAUUUGGAAACCAGGCUUGUAUGCUCCAGCAGUUUAUGAGAUUAUAGAGGCACAAUUUAUAGCAGUAUUUUUUCUCUUUCCACAGUAUCGGUUGAGUGCCGAGAUGAUGGAAGUCCCCCAUACUCGAUACAAAAGAACUUUAGUGUUGAAGUAUCUGACGUGAACGAAGCACCAUACGAUAUCCGUUUAAAUGGUUCCGCUGUGGUAGAAGAGAACGUGCGUGUUGGUUACGCUGUGGGAUAUUUAACAUGUGAGGACCCGGAUAUAGGUCAAAGUCACAUGUUUACUGUCAUCGGGAAUUACUCGUCCGUCUUCGAGGUAACAGUUGCAAAAGUUGAGAAAGAACCGAAAUACAAGUACCUUAGUAAUGUAAUUUUGACAUGUUGGUUUAGCAUGUUGGUUUGACAUGUGUGGUUUUUCAGAACCAUAACUUAAACUUUAGUUCGCUUCUUUAAAAAUUUAAUGAAUCUCUUUUCCCAAGAAAAGAAAUCGAAGAUAUUUUAUACUAAAACAAAAUUCUUAUUACUUGGGCUGGGACAGAAAGUUUGCAUUUUAAAUUUUCCCACUUUUUCCCCAUCCAUUUUUUUUUUCACUAGUAGCACGCAGUUUUCAUAAACUUUUACCAGUGACUUUCUAUAGGAAGUGUUUUAAAGUUAUUUCCUUCGCAGAUUUAUCGAAAUGUAUUUUGCCAGAGCCCCCCUAAAAUGGUCUAAGGAAGAUGUCUAAAGUUGUGAUUUCUCAAUUAUGAGCUAAUUUACUUGGAGAUCUUAUUUCGCUGUAAAUGAAGUCUUCAAAAUAAACUCAUAAGUAGGAAUUUCAUGAAGGUGACAUCGGUGUAUAAUAUUUUAAAGCUACAAAUAUAUAUAUAUAUAUUUUACGAAGUGUCUAGAUAUAAGUGCAGUUCAGAAGAACGUCCCUUUUGGGACGUAUCUUUUUCAGGGGAUGGCUCCAUUCGUAGGACCUGCACAUGACUCCAAAUGAAGUGAAUUUUCCCAUGAGUUCCGUAUCUGUGAUCUUAAUUGUGAGGAAAACUUGUUCAGGCGGCGCUUUUUAUUUCCGAGUACUAAGGGUGACUCUAGAUCUCAGAUAUGAUAUCAGAUGCGGUUUUCAUUGCAGGUAAAUAACAGUUACAACCUGAUUGUCAAAGACCCCUCACACCUGGACUACGAGAAUCUUCAUCCAAAUUUGGUCCUUACCGUCGCUAUUCAAGUGACAGAUAACCCUGUGAAAGGAACAGGAGCUCCUCUGAAAGCCAUUGGUAACGUCACCAUUAGCAUAACGGACAUCAACGAGGCACCUCAUGACAUCCGACUUGUUCCCGCUAACGUAACAGUCCCUGAAAAUGUUUCAGUCGGUUACUGUCUUGCGCAGAUAGCAUCACGAAACCCCGAGAAAUUGCAAACCGUAGAAUAUACCCUCCUCAACUACCAGAGUAUGCUUUCAAUUGAAGAUGUUUGCAAGGAUAACUCUUCCUCUGCUGGCCAUCAAGAUGACGGUUUACCUUAUCUGAUUGUGAAGUCGCAUCUAAGUUACAAUGAUUACGUAGUACAAGGUUAUCAAAUUCUUAUAGAAGCUGAAGACAACGGAAUUCCUCCACAAACGUUCAACGAGACGGUUAAAAUUCACGUGACUAAAAUUGACCCAUGUCCCCAGGCCACUUGUCACGUGGACGCCACGUGCAGCCGCGUUGACUGGCAGAAUUACACCUGCGCUUGCAAUGCGGGCUACUCAGGAAACGGCUUCAACUGCCAGGAAAUAGACGAGUGUAACAUCACUUGCACGGAAGUAGAUGAGUGUAUUGCCAACCCGUGUAGCAACGGUGGCACGUGCCACGAUUUCGUGAAUUACUACAACUGCACGUGUCCCAGUGGAUAUAACAAUGGUACAGACUGCACAUUUAUAAAUUUUUGUAGUUCAAGCCCGUGUCUGAAUGAUGCGACUUGUAACCCUGUCCUGAAUGGAUACAACUGCCUUUGUCCGUGUGGUUUUACAGGAAAACAUUGUGAAACGAAUAUCGAUGAGUGCGUGAAUCCUAAAAAGUGCUUUGAGGGAAGUUGUAUUGAUAAAAAUUGCAGCUUUAGCUGUAAAUGCGAAUCCCAGUUUUUCGGUCCUCAAUGUCGAAGGAUGGAGGGUGAAUGUACAGAAAAACCAUGCGGGGAACAAGAAAUCUGCAUACCACGAAACGUAGAAAGGUACAACACGACAUUUUGCGUUUCUGUCGAUGCUCUUGUGUCGUUACCAUUUCCAGAAGACGAGAUUUCCAACCCGUAUAAACAUUAUCAGUUAGAACGUUGGUUCUUUAAAAAUGAACAACAGUUUCCGCUGAGCGAAAUUACGAAUAACGAUGAUGAUUCAGGCAUGGUAAGUGUAACAGACGUUUAUGUCAGACAACCGAGCUGGGAACAUCCGUCAAAAGCAAAGAGAAGCUUAUCUGAAGAAAACCUCCCCACGUUAGAUUUUGUUGUGCUCGUUUACUUGCAAGAACAGGAAAAAUAUAUGGGUGUUCCGUCGAAAACAGUCCUGUGCAAAAUGAACGAAACAUGCGUCAAGCACAACUACCCCAAAACUGAAACAAAGGCUGAUUUUGAAUACGGACUUUGCAUUGCAACGGCUUGGGAGGUAAAGAAAAGGGAUGCUGAAUGGUGCGUUUCUAAAGAAGCCAAGGAAGGGCAUCUCAAAGAUGGGUCACACAAACCGAAGAUGAAUUUAUACUACGUGAUCGCUGGGAUUGGAGGUAUCUUGCUGAUUGUUCUUAUCACAGGGCUCACCCUCUGCAGAAGAAACACCUUGAUUGCUCGAGAGCGCAAGUUUAUGAAACAACAACGGUUUACGGAGAGAAGAGAUACUUACAUCGACAACAUGCACAGGCAUCAAAGGGCUAACCAAGAAAUGGAGGCCAUAGGAACUGUGAACCCGAUUUACGGAAAUGAGGAGCAGGAAGUUACACGGCGGGAAGUUGCACGGCAAAUAAAUGUGAUGGACAAUCCACUCUAUGAGGCUCCAGGUGAAAUCAAAGCCAAGCGUUCAGAACCUUCCCGUGGCUUUAACAAUCCAAUGUACGUAAGUUUCCAACCGCCACAACCGGAUGAAAAGAAAACCGUGCGAGAGGAGGAAGCUGAGGAAGCCUGUGCUGCUGUAGGUUUUGCGAAUCCCAUGUUUGCGUCGCACAGACAGGUGGGUCUGGGAUAAUUAGAGCAAAUUUUCGACUGAUCCUUCAUAACAAUUACCUUGUCUUAGGACGCCUUAUGAAGCGUACAUGCAGCACUUUAGUGGAGCCCAUUUUCAAUGACUAUCUUUAAACCAAAUCAAAUCUUUUUGGCGGACCUCACUUUGAGACCAUAAUUUGAAUUUAACUGAGCAGCUUGUAAGCCACAAAAGAUACGGUAUAUUACUUUUUAUCUAUUUUUUUCUUUAACUUGCAAGUAAUAAAAUAGUGGACUUCAAAUCAUACUCCCCUGUUUCAAGCCUGGGUCGGAUUUAGAAUGGGCGGAGGGGGCAGGGGUUCUAUUCAAGCUUUUUAGCUGGUUUUGUGUCACCUGCCCUCCAAAUUUUCACUCUGUCUUGAAGAAUAAUUCGUAUCAAAAAAGGCACCCCUUUCUAGGAAAAAUUUAGUUGGGUACCGAGUAGUUUACCUCUAAGUAUCCUGCAAUGUGCAGCACGGGGUGUAGACUCAAUUACACCCAAUUGAAAUAUUUUAAGAAGCAACUUAUUAGUGAAUGUUCUCAAUUGGCAGCUGAUUGGUCUGAAGCAUCCGUGUGUUAAAAAUGUUGGACACCUUUUAGCCGUCAGGCGGCAGAUAUUUCAUAGAUAAAUCCUCCUCACGUGUUUCCAAGGUGGCCUUGAAUACCCCACUUCUCAUUUAACAGCUAGUUUCAGUCGUCACUAUUUGAAAUUUCAUACUGUAUUUGACUUUCUGUAGGAAAAGAAGACAUCGGAACAGAAACAAGACGACAGCGGCAUAUACGCAGUGCCAGUCCAACCAGACAAGCCAGCUAAGCGGGAAAGGAAAACGCCGAUAUAUGACACUCCCACGAAACCAACCCAACCGGUUAACGAAGAACCUGUAGUUAGCGGAGGGCCUGGGUUCUUUAACCCUUUGUACCAGACCCGCAGGGAGGAGGAGGAAUUUCCCUCUGAUAUAUCCAGCAUAUUUGCUCCCCCCAGCAAGCCAACAGGGCGAACUCUUGACGAUGACCUGGGGCAGAGUGACUGUUAAAACAUCUGAGAAGGGAUAUAUUUUUUUUCUUCCUUGAGGGUUAAAAAUUGACAAACUUUUCAAAUACCCCCAAUGAAACGUUCUUUUUUUUUUAUUUCAGUUUUUUCUUUUUGGAGAAAAAGGCAAUUUAUUGAUCCUCAGCUUCAAAUAGAUUCAUUUAGUGUUUUUAACAUUUGCGAUUGCUUUUUAUUUUUUCCAUCUACUUCUCUGUCUCUCUAGGAGUGCGAGAAGGAAACACAGAGAUCAUUAUUCAACCCGUCUUCAAUUUCCAUCUCUUAAUAAACUAAGUUUUUAACGUGUGGUUACUGGGGAAAUGUUUUCCGUACUUACAUCUCCUCAGUGUAACCACACCAAUUCAUCAAUUGCCCAUUUAGAUUUGUUAGGUAUUCAGAGUCACACAACACCAAGUAGCUAGUAAUUUUGCGUGACAUGGAAAGGAGUUAAUCUCGGUAGGACACUUUUUGGGAUUUCACUUACCUAAAGAGAUAUUAUAUUGCAAAAGUUUGUCAUUUUGAACCCGUUUUAAUCCUCUGCAAUUUAAAAUCUUUCUUAUUUUGCCAUCACCCUAUAUUUGUACUCGUAAGCUACUAGUAACAUUUUGUAGUUUCCUUUAAAGUUAAAAUAUGUUUCGAAAAAUUUACAAAAAUUCUCCGUUAACCCUUGCACUGCCUGGGGUGAUCUUACUUCUAUAUUCUCCCAAAAGUUUUAAAAUUUUGUGAAGCAGACAGGUAAUGAGAACUUAGACAAUUACAUUAAGAAUAUUGUCUCGAUGUAACUCCAAACACUCACAAACAGCCAACAAGAAAUACGUACAAUAACUUGUUUGGAGAAUUGGCUUUCAGAUCUCGGGAGUGAAGGGGUUAACGAGUGAAUGAGGUUUCAAGCUUUGGAAGAUUCAUAGAGUUCGAAUGGAAAUGCUAAGAGAUUUUUCCAACCAGAUCCGGAAAGGAGAAGAGAUAUAGAGAGGGACUGCGGUCCUCGUAUAUCAAAGUUUAGCCUAUCAAGUCCAUCUUUUGGUAGUGAAAUGUACACGAUCGGUUCAUUUUCAAAGAUCAGUCCACUUCAUUUUAUAAAUGUAGCCAUGAAAAUCACUUUUGACUCCCUCUGAAAUAUCAGAUGGGUUUUUUUUUUUCGGCGUUGUCAAUAGCAUUGCAUUGGUCAAUUAACAUAACCAUUCGUCAAUUGUCACGACUGAUUUACAAUGCCAGUAUUUUUUCACUUGUUUUCCAAAUUUCAAUUUCAAUCAUUAUUUCCGAUUCAUUCACUUUAAUGACGACCCUCUUUUGAAAGGGAAUAGUGAAUGCAAUUUGAAUCAUUUUCGAGAAAUUUAAUUACAAUAAUUUUAGAGAGACACCCGUCCUCUCAAAAUUAAUUCAAUGGAAAUUCAAAGUUAUUGCAAGAAUUUAAAUUUUGGGUUUUAAUCAAAUGCCAGUUCUUUAUUGAUUAUUGAUAAAUGUCCAUAUAUUGAUUUCGUAAUGCUUUGCAAGUUAUCUUGACAUUUCAGAUAACGAAUUGUACUUGUUAUUUCUUAUUCCUCAUUUUAUCAGUGCUGAAGAAUAAUCGUGAAAAUAUCAAUCAUACUUUAGAGAGACGUUCGUCAACUUUAAAUUAAUUGGUUGAGAAUUUGAUUGAUUGAGAAUUUGAUUAUUUCAUUUUU